GAUAAAGUGUGUUAAGGAAAGUGUAAAUAAUUCGGUGUAUUAACGCAAAAAAGCGUUGAGGCCAACAAUUAUUUGUUGUGGAUUUAACUUUUGAAGCUGAUUAAGCUGGCAAAAGCAUGUACUAAUUUUGGAUUAUUUUUGUUAAAAGAAAAUGCAAAAAUGAAAAUAUUUUUGCCACUAGUCACGUGGAUAGUGCUACUUUCGAGUACAGUACAUUCACAACUACAACAACAAACACAAUUAUAUACACAAACACAAUUAUCGCCAUUUAAAACAAAUUUAAAAAGUAGUCGAUUUCGUAACGAAGUAUUUUUUCUAAAUUUGGAAGAUGGUUAUUUUGGUUGUCAAGUGAAUGAGUCAACCGACUAUUUACAAUUAUACGAAUUAUCGAAAUUAUGCGACGGCAAUCAAGAUUGUUAUCUUGGUUCCGAUGAGCUUAAUAAAGAGCUUAAAUGCACAAAUGACUGUGAUAAAGAUGGCACUCAGUGCACAAAUGGUGUGUGUCUAAAUGGUGUCUGCCAUUGUAAUGAUGGCUGGGGUGGUUGUAAUUGUAACGUUCAAGAUGAGAACGAAUGCAAAUACCGUCCCUGUGAUGUAUUUGCACACUGUACGAAUACACUAGGCAGUUUUACGUGUACCUGUUUUCCUGGCUAUCGUGGUGAUGGUCUUCAUUGUGAAGAUAUCGAUGAAUGCCAAGAUCCACAACUAGCCGCGCUUUGCGUUGAAAAUGCCGAAUGUUGCAAUUUACCCGCACACUUUUUGUGUAAAUGUAAAGAUGGCUAUGAAGGUGAUGGUGAGGUGUUAUGUACAGAUAUUGAUGAAUGUCGCAAUCCUCAAGCUUGCGGUCUAAAUGCCCAUUGUAUUAAUACAGCCGGCAAUUACACAUGUACCUGCCCCGAAGGCUUUUAUGGCAAUCCCUACGAUGGUUGUCACGACAUUGAUGAAUGUACGAACGGUAAUGUCUGUGGUCCUGGUGCCAUAUGUACUAAUCUGGAGGGCAGUUAUCGCUGCGACUGUCCUGCAGGUUACGAAGGCGAUGGACGUUCAGAAACUGGCUGCCUUGACUUUGAUGAAUGUGCACGCUCGCCGUGUGGUCGUAAUGCUCAAUGUUUGAAUACAGACGGAAGUUUCAAGUGUCUGUGUCCAGAUGGUUACUCAGGUGAUCCGGCUCAAGGUUGCGAAGACGUCGAUGAAUGCUCUAUUAAUAAUCCAUGUGGUUUGGGGGCUGAAUGCGUGAAUAUGGGCGGUAGUUUUGCAUGUCGUUGUGCGCCUGGUUUUAUGCUCGAAAAUUUCGCAUUCGAUGAAAAGAAUAUUACCACUACAACUACAACAUCGCUUGAAAAUACACACACACCAACAACAGAUACAGAAAGAACAGCUUUAUUAAUGGCCAAAACUGGUGCCGGUUUGGCUUGCAUAGAUGUAGAUGAAUGUAACAUGAAUGAUGGUGUCGCUAAAUGUGGCACCAAUGCUAAAUGCAUUAAUUUUCCUGGUUCAUAUCGUUGCUUGUGCCCAAGCGGUUUUCAAGGCCAGGGUUAUUUGCAUUGUGAAAAUAUCAAUGAAUGUCAAGAUAAUCCUUGUGGCGAAAAUGCCGUCUGCACUGACACAAUCGGUAGUUUUGUCUGUAAUUGCAAACCCGAAUAUACCGGUGAUCCUUUCCGUGGUUGUACAGAUAUUGACGAGUGUUCAACGUUGGAAAAACCUUGUGGUACCCAUGCAAUAUGCGAAAACAAAGAACCUGGUUAUGAAUGCAAGUGCCCGCAAGGUUUUGCUGGUAAGCCAGAUGCUAAGACAGCCUGUGAACAAGUGGAUGUGAAUAUCCAAUGCUCGAGCAAUUUCGAUUGUACCAACAAUGCUGAGUGCAUAGAAAAUCAAUGUUUCUGUUUGGAUGGAUUUGAACCUUUGGGUUCCAGUUGCGUGGAUAUUGAUGAAUGCCGCACACAUGCUGGCAUUUGUGGUGAUCAUGCUCAGUGCUCAAACACCCCUGGAUCGUAUAGAUGUGAUUGUGAGGCCGGCUAUGUGGGCACUCCACCUAGAGUGGGUUGCAAGGAGCCUUGUGAGGAUGUCCAUUGUGGUGAGCACGCAUAUUGUAAACCUGAUGGCAAUGAAGCAUACUGUAUCUGCGAGGAUGGUUGGACCUUUAACCCCAGUGAUGUGGCUGCCGGUUGUGUGGAUAUCGAUGAAUGUGACACGGUACAUGGUCCUUUUGGUAAUUGUGGUGUUAAUGCUACUUGCACCAAUUCACUAGGUAGCUUCUCAUGCUCUUGCCCAGCCGGAUUUUCCGGAGAUCCUCUCACAAAAUGUGUGGAUGUAGAUGAGUGCAGAACAGGAAACAAAUGUGGCGACGGAGCUGAAUGUGUUAAUAUGAAUGGUGGCUAUACAUGUAAAUGUCCUGAAGAUUCCAUACCAGAUCCUGACCCCACUGUCAGAUGUGUUCCCAUUGUAACCUGUGUCGAUGACAACGAUUGUCCCGGAAAUGCUGUGUGUGAUCCAGCCAAGAGAUGUUUGUGUCCUGUGCCUAAUAUUGGCAAUGAUUGUAGACAUCCUUGUGAAUUCAAGAACUGUGGCGCUCAUGCUCAAUGUAUGCUGGCCAAUGGUCAUGCCCAAUGUUUGUGUGCUGAAGGUUUCACUGGUAGUCCAGAUACACCUGGUGGCUGCAAUGAUAUCGACGAAUGCAAGGCUAAUCCUUGUGCAGCAAAUGCAAUAUGUUCAAAUACCCCUGGAGCUUAUCUGUGUCAAUGUCCCAGCGGCGCAUCAGGAGAUCCUUACCGUGAAGGUUGUGUUACUCCUCGUGCACCUGACACCUGCUCUGAUUCUAAUCCUUGUGCUCCUGGUGAAUCUUGCGUACCAGACUCAUACACUGGUACCAGUGUUUGUAUCUGCCGUCAAGGUUACGAACGUAAUCCUGGCACCGGUCAAUGUCAAGAUAUCGACGAAUGUUCCGCUACACGUUCCAAGCCCGCCUGCGGCUUGAAUGCCUUAUGUAAAAACUUACCCGGCAGUUAUGAAUGCCGUUGUCCUUCAGGUUUCAAUGGCAAUCCCUUCGUUAUGUGCGAACAAUGCAAUUCUCCAGAAUGCCAGUGCCAAGCUCCUUAUAAGUUGGUAGGAAACAGUUGUAUUUUAGCCGGUUGUUCGAAUGGUGGUGAGAAGUGUCCCAAUGGUGCUGAAUGUAUUUCAAUAGCUGGAGGCGUUAGUUACUGUGCCUGUCCCAAGGGCUACAAAACAAUGUCUGAUGGCUCUUGUGUGGAUGUGGAUGAAUGUACGGAACCUGGCAACAAAGUAUGUGCUUAUGGAGCCGAAUGUAUAAACAAACCAGGUUCAUUCUCUUGUAUUUGUCCCGAUGGUUAUACUGGAGACGCUUACAAUGGUCAAUGUUCACCAGCUCAACGUAAAUGUGCUGCCGAUAAAGAGUGUAAUACUAAUGAAAAGUGUGUACAGCCUGGAGAGUGUGUUUGUCCACCACCCUAUUUUCUGGAUCCUUAUGACAACAACAAAUGUAAGAGUCCUUGUGAAAGAUUCCCUUGUGGCAUUAAUGCUAAAUGUACACCCACCGAUCCACCUCAGUGUAUGUGUGAAGUGGGUUAUAAGGGAGAUCCUCUUUUGGGCUGUACCGAUGAAGAUGAGUGCGCUCAUUUACCUUGUGCCUAUGGAGCUUAUUGCGUUAACAAGAAGGGUGGUUAUCAAUGUGUCUGUCCUAAAGGUUUCACUGGAGAUGCUUACAAGAGUGGCUGCAUCAUUGAAUCUGGUGAGCCUAAGAGUUCUUGUGCCACUAAUGAUGACUGCGCUAGCAACUUGGCCUGUGUCGAAGGUACUUGUAUCAGUCCCUGUGCCAGUCUGCUUUGCGGUUCAAAUGCUUUCUGCGAAACUGAAAACCAUGCUGGUUGGUGUCGCUGUCGCGUCGGUUAUGUUAAAGAUGCCGAAGGCGAAUGUGUAUCUCAAUGCAAAGAUGUCAUUUGCGGCGAAGGUGCUCUCUGUAUUCCCACCUCCGAGGGCCCUACCUGUAAAUGUCCUCAGGGUUACCUUGGAAAUCCUUUCCCUGGUGGUUCCUGUUCAACUGAUCAAUGUUCUGCAGCUAGACCUUGCAAUCGGAAGCAAAUUUGUAUAAAUGGUCGUUGCAAAGAGAGAUGCGAGGGUGUAGUAUGCGGAGUAGGUGCUAUGUGUGAUAAAACAAGUGGAAAAUGCGUUUGUGAACCCAACUUUAUUGGUAACGCCGAUUUAAUAUGUAUGCCCCCAAUUAAAUAUGCAGAAUGCAAUCCUCCUUGCGCUCUCAAUGCUCACUGCGAAUACGGAUAUGGUACUGCUGUAUGUGCUUGUAAUGCCGGUACCACCGGUAAUCCCUAUGAAGGAUGUGGUGCUGAAAGUAGAACCGUAUGCGAACCCAAUAGCUGUGGUCCAAAUGCUGAAUGCAGAUCUGAUGGAAAUGGAAUUUCAUGCGUAUGUCCUCAAGGAUUUGCUGGUAAUGCUUAUGUCGGUUGUCAUGAUGUGGAUGAAUGCAUUAACAAACCUUGUGGUCAUAAUGCAGCUUGUCUUAAUACUCAUGGAGGGUUUGAGUGUCUAUGCUUGUCAGGUUUUGGAGGAGAUCCCUUCACAAGUUGCCAACCUGUUGACAAUACCUUCUGCAAUGAUCCCAACAAAUGCAAAUGUAAUGAGCGUGUUUAUUGUCCUGAUGGUUAUUCUUGUGAAAAUGGCCAAUGUAAAAACCUCUGUUCUAAGAUAUCGUGCGGUCCUCGCGCUGUUUGUGAUUCCGGAAAAUGUCUGUGCCCCCUGGGCUACAUGGGUGAUGCCUAUAACAAGGAAACUGGCUGCACGAUUAGAGGUCAAUGCAGCAAUGAUGGUGACUGUAAGGAUUCCGAAAUUUGUUUCCAACUUAGCAAAGGUUUGCGUAAGUGUGUUGACGCCUGUUCGAAAAUUCAAUGUGGCCCCAAUGCUCUCUGUGUGGCCAAUGACCAUCGUUCAUCUUGCAUAUGUAGUGAUGGUUACUUCGGUAAUCCCAGCAAUUUGCAAUCGGGUUGCCAACCUGAAAGAAAAGUACCCGAUAUGGAAGAUAAAUGCAAAUCUGAUCAUGAUUGUGAGGCAGGCUACACUUGCUCUGCAGUCCAUGAAGGAUCUAAGGAAUGUGUUAGCCUAUGCUCGAAGGUGGUUUGUGGUACUAAUGAACUUUGUAAAAUUGAUAACAGUGGCAAUGCAAUAUGCAGUUGCUCAGACAGUUAUGUUUGGAAUCCUGUCAAAUCGGCUUGUGAGAAACCCAGCUUACCAGAUUGCACCACCGACCAAGAGUGUCCUGCUGCUUCUGCUUGUAGACCUGAUGUAGUGGGUGUUUUGAAAUGUGUUUCCAUUUGUGACGAAUUCACUUGUCCCGCCAAUUCAGUCUGUGUGGCUAAGGAUCAUCAUGGAAGAUGUGAUUGUUUAGCCGGCUUUGUGGGUAACCCCAAUGAUCGUAAUGGUUGUCAGCCUAAGCAAAAACACCAAUGCCGCUCUAACGCUGAAUGUGCAGAAUCAGAGGCAUGUAUUAAAUAUGGUCCCGAAGAAAUUUUGUCCUGUAGACCAGCAUGUGAAACUGUCAAGUGUGGUCCUAGGGCUGUUUGUAUUACCAAUAACCAUCAAGCUCAGUGCCAGUGUCCUCCUGGUCCCUUCGCUGGUGAUCCUUAUGAUCCCUUCCAAGGCUGCCAGAGUGUACCCUGCGUAUACAACAAAGAUUGCCCAACACAUCAACUUUGCAAUCGUAUGACUCACACAUGCUAUGACGUGUGUGACCAAGAAUCAUGUGGUGAAAAUGCCAUCUGUUUAGCCGAAGAUCAUAGAGCUGUGUGUCAAUGUCCUCCGGGUUACAAGGGCAAACCUAUACCAGAAGUAGAAUGUGUUAAAACUGGAGGUUGUACACCUGGUACCUGUCAUCAAUCCGCCAUUUGUGAGGUUACUGUAGAUGGACCAGUCUGCAAAUGCCCAGAGCAUUUCAUUGGAGAACCUAUAAAACAAGGCUGUCGUCCAGAAGGCCAAUGUCCCAAUGGCGAUGCUGAUUGCCCAGCUAAUACCAUUUGCGCCAGCGGUCGUUGCAUUAAUCCUUGUGAUAAUGCCUGCGGUUCAAACUCAGAAUGCAAAGUAGUAAAUCGUAAGCCUGUAUGUUCCUGUCCUUUCCGUUUCCAACCAAUGACAGAGACGGCCAAGGAUGGUUGUGUUCGUUCUGUAUCUAGAUGUUCUUCGGAUGUUGAUUGCGGUGGUGAAGUUUGCUACAAUGGUGAAUGUCGUGUUAUAUGUCGCGAAAAUAAUGACUGUUCCUCAGGAGAAGCUUGUAUGCAAAAUGUUUGUGUUAUUUCCUGCUUAGACCACAGUCAGUGUGGUCCCGGUUUAGCUUGUCUCAAAGGUGUAUGUUCUAUAGGAUGUCGCAGUAAUAAGGAUUGUCCUUCAGAUCAGUCUUGCAUCAGCAACAAAUGCGCUAAUCCCUGUCAAGAAGGAGGUGUUUGUGGACCUAAUGCCCUAUGUAAUAUCGACAAUCAUCGUAGUCAUUGCUCCUGCCCAGAAGGUUUUGAGGGCAAUCCUACUCCCGAUCAAGGAUGCGUUAGAGUACCAGCCCCUUGCCAAGCUACCAACCAAUGUCCAAGUGGCCAUAUGUGUAUUGGCAAUCAAUGUAAUUUACCCUGCCAAAAGACGUCGGUAUGUGCUGUGGGAGAGCGUUGUUAUCAGCAAGUAUGCCGCAAGGUCUGCUAUACUAGCAACAAUUGUUUACCCGGAGAAAUUUGUAACAAUGAUGGCACUUGCCAGCCCGGCUGCGACUCUGAUGCUGAUUGUCCUCCAACGGAAUUAUGUUUGGGUGGCAAAUGCAAAUGUGCUCAAGGUUUCAUUGGCACUCCCUUCGGUUGUGCAGAUAUUGACGAAUGUACUGAAACACCUUGCCACAAGUCUGCUAAAUGUGAAAAUGUCCCCGGCUCCUUUAAAUGUAGCUGUCCUGAUGGAACUGUUGGUGAUGCUUAUGUUAAAGGUUGCUCUGCACCCAAGGAAUGUUACCAAAAUGAAGACUGCUCCACAGCAUUGGCUUGUAUCAAUGAUAAAUGUUCAAAUCCUUGUUUGGCUACCUCAUGUGGUACAAAUGCCAUGUGCAAUGCUGACCAACAUCAAGCAUUCUGUGAGUGUCCUGCAGGCCAUUUGGGUGAUCCAUUCGAUAGCUCAGUAGGUUGCUUCAAAGUGGAGUGUAUCAACGAUGAUGAUUGUGCUAGCGACAGAGCUUGCGAUGAAAAAACAAAUCGUUGCAUCAAACCAUGUGAUUUGAUUAGUUGCGGCAAAGGAUCAUGUAAUGUUGGCGAUCAUAAGGCCAUAUGCUCUUGUUACGAAGGCUAUCAACUGAACAAUGGCAUUUGCGAAGAUGUUGAUGAAUGUUUAAGCCGUCCUUGUCACAGCACAGCUUUCUGCCAAAAUUUGCCUGGCUCUUUUGCUUGCCAAUGCCCCGAAGGUCUAAUAGGUGAUCCAGUGCAUGCCGGAUGUCGCGAUCCUAAUGAAUGUUUAACCGACUCGGAUUGUCCUUCCUCCGCAAGUUGCCAGAAUGCUAGAUGUCGCAGUCCGUGUGAACGUGAAAAUGCUUGCGGAAUUAAUGCCAAAUGUGUGGCUCAAUCGCACAGCGCCAUCUGUACUUGUCCGGCCAAUACCCGUGGAGAUGCCUCAAUAGAAUGUAUUCACAUUGAAUGUACUGACAAUGAUGAUUGCUCCAGCGAAAAAACUUGUUUAGACUCCAAAUGUGUCGAUCCUUGCUCACUUCCAAAUGCCUGUGGAUCUCAAGCUCAAUGUACUGCCCAAAAUCAUAUUGGCUUAUGUUCCUGCGAAAAGGGUACCACCGGUAAUCCCCAAUUGGGUUGCGUUCAAUUGCAAUACUGCAACUCUGAUGUCCAGUGUGCUUCGGGUAGCAUAUGCUCCAAUGGUAUCUGUUCAUCGUUAUGUUCAUCCAAUCGUGAUUGUAUUGCUGACCAAUUGUGUAUACAAGGUGUAUGCCAACCUACCUGCAAAUCAAAUACCACUUGCCCCGAAUUCCAAUUCUGUUUGAACAAUAUCUGUACCAAGGAAGUCUUGUGUAGAGAAGACUCCGAUUGUGGUCCCAAUGAAAAUUGUAUUGUCGAUAAUUAUGGCAGAGCCAGUUGCGAAAAUGUAUGUUUAGGUCGCGCUGUUUGUGGUCGUAAUGCGGAAUGUAUUGCCCGCAGUCAUGCUGCCGAUUGUGAGUGCAAAGAAGGCUUCUUUGGUGAUCCCAAGAGUGGUUGUCGCAAGGUCGAAUGUACCAGCGAUAAUGACUGUACCAACGAUAAGACCUGUGAUGACAAUAUGUGUAAGAUUGCCUGUCUCAUUGGUCAACCCUGCGGUGAAAAUGCUCUCUGUACCACCGAGAACCACAAACAAGUUUGUCAUUGCCAGCCUGGUUUCACCGGUGAUCCAAAAGUACGUUGUGACGUCAUUGAUUUCUGUAAAGAUGCUCCUUGUGGACCUGGUGCCAGGUGUCGCAACUCCAGAGGAUCGUUCAAAUGUACCUGUCCACCUGGUCUUGUGGGCGAUCCCUACAACGAGGGUUGUCGUACAUCGGUGGAAUGUGAGAACAACGAAGAUUGCCCACCGCAUGCCGAAUGCACGAAAUCGAAUGGUGUACCCAAAUGUCAUGAUGUUUGCGCUAAUGUGCGUUGUGGCCAAAAUGCGGAAUGUAUUCCGAAAGGCCAUAAAGCUCAGUGUGCAUGCCGCAAUGGUUAUGAUGGCAAUCCCGCUGACCGGGUUAAUGGUUGUAAACCAUUGCCAGUGCCUUGCCAAGUUACCAGCGAUUGUCCGACCAAUACAUAUUGUUCAGACAGUAUUUGCAAACCUGCUUGUGUUUUGGAUACCGAAUGUUCGAACAAUGAAAUAUGCCAAGGCGGUCAAUGUAUUGACCCAUGUACUCAACCUCAAGCUUGUGGCAUGAACUCCUUAUGCUCAAUCGAUACGCACUUCAAACAGUGCUCUUGUCCUGCUGGUUUCACCGGCAAUCCCGAGGUCGAAUGUGUGCGUAUACCAAUUGCCUGUACAACGGAUUUAGAAUGCGGUUCCGGUUUGAGUUGUCGCGACUCUAUGUGUUUCCCAAAAUGCUCUGCUGACCAGGAUUGCGCCCUCAAUGAGAAAUGUUUAAGAGGCAACUGCAUGUUAACAUGCCGUGUCGACAAUGAUUGCUUCUUGGGUCAUGUGUGUUUGCACAAUAAAUGUGUUUACGGUUGUCAUACCGACGACGAUUGUAGUGCUUCGGAAUCCUGCCGUAAUGAUAAAUGUGUUAAUCCCUGCUCUGAAAAUCCAUGUGGUCCCAAUGCUGCUUGUUCGGUGUCCAAUCAUCGUGCCUCUUGCAAUUGUUUGGAUGGCAUGGUGCCCAGUCCCACAGCUCAAGUGGGCUGUGUGCGUUCACCUCCACAAGACUGUAAUGAAAAUCGUGAUUGUUUUAAUGGUUUGGCCUGUUUCGAAGCUGUGUGCCGUCCUCUGUGUGCCGAUGAUUUGGGUUGUCUAUCCAAUGAACGUUGCCAGAAUGGUGUGUGCAAACCGUUGUGCAGACGUGAUGAUGAUUGUCGCAAUAGCGAAGUAUGCUUGGGACUGUCUUGUGUACCUGGCUGUCGUUCCGAUCAAGGAUGUCCCGAUAAUUUGGUCUGUGAACAUCAACAAUGUAUUGAUCCUUGUGCAGAUGCCCGUGCUUGUGGCACAAAUUCUCGCUGUGAGGUGUUUAAUCAUCAAAAGGUUUGCUCUUGCCCCGAAGGUUUGGUGGGCAAUGCUGACAUCACUUGCAAACCUCCAAUUACCACUUGUUCCGGCAAUAGCGACUGUCAAACUAAUCAAUUGUGUUAUGGUGGCAGCUGCCAGAGCAAGUGCCGCAACGAUCAGAACUGUUUGGCUGAUGAGAAAUGUAUGCGUGGAACAUGUCGCACUGUAUGCAAUACUGAUUCUGCCUGUGCUCAAGGACAAAUCUGCGAAAAUCGUAUUUGCCAAAUUGGUUGCCGCAAUGACUUGACCUGUGCUCAAGAUCAAUCCUGUAUUAACAAACAAUGUAAAAACCCUUGUGAUACUCCCGGACAGUGCGGUCAAUGUGCCAACUGUUUGGUGGUCAAUCAUGGUGUCCAAUGUAGUUGCGCUAAUGGUUUCCUCGGAGAUGGUCUUAGUGGUUGCCAAUUACCUCCACAAAGAUGUAAUCCUUCGUGUCAUUGUGACGAAACAAACACUUACUGUGCUGAUGCCUGCUCCCGAACUAGUGACUGUGCUUGUGGUCAAUUGUGUUCGCGCGGAAAAUGUCGUUCGAAGUGUGGUCCCAACAGAUCAUGCCCCGUGGGUCAACUUUGCGAACGCGGAGCCUGUGUGGCUGGCUGUAAGAGCAAUAAUGAUUGCGCUACCGAUCAGAGCUGCGUUAACGGCCAAUGCGCCGAUCCUUGUGCCAAUAAGAAGGCUUGUGGCCGCAACGCUUUAUGUACCGUUUCCGAACAUCGUAUGCUUUGCUAUUGCCCCGACGGUUAUGAGGGCGAACCCAGCAAGGAAUGCAUACAAUUUGAAUGCCAACAUGAUGAAGAUUGUGAAUCGAAUAAACGUUGUGAUUCUGGCAAGUGCCGUAAUCCCUGUUUGGAAUAUGGUGCCUGUGGCAUUAAUGCUCAGUGCCGUGUGGUGGAUCGUAAGCCUCAGUGCUCAUGUCCUCCUGAUUUCUUUGGUGAUGCCGCCACCGAAUGCCAACCUUUGGAAGGUGGUUGUGCCAAUAAUCCCUGUGGUGAGAACUCUAAAUGCAACGAAGUACCUGGCGGUUAUGAAUGUUCAUGCAUGGAUGGUUGUGUGGGUGAUGCCAACAAGGGUUGCUUGUGCGACGGCAAUAGAGUCGAUUCUUGUCACGAACAAGUUUGUGGUCUAAAUGCCGCCUGUCAAGUUCUGCCACAUGAUGAGGCCCAAUGUUACUGUCCCGAAGAAUUCCCCAAUGGUGAUGCCUAUGUACAAUGUUACCUUACUCAGCCACCCAAGAAUUGCCUCACCGAAGGAUGUGUCGUAGGUGAAUGUGUGCGCCAAGGUUAUGAUUAUAUUUGCAAACAAGAAAUUGGCUGUUCUUCCAACAAGGAAUGUCCUGCUCAAAAAGCUUGUAUUAAUGCCGUCUGCUCUGAUCCUUGCUCAUUGGCUAACCAUUGCGGUCCACAACAGGAGUGCAAGGUUAUUGAACAUCAAACUGUUUGCUCUCGCGUAUGCGAGUGUCAACGUAAAAAAGACUGUCCAGCUGGUUAUGAAUGUGACGGCUGUCAAUGUCACCAAGAAGGUAUAGGACGCACACCAGUAUGUGAACAUUGUGCUCCUGGCUAUCGCUGUGAACCAACCACUGGCGCCUGUAUAAGAGAUCAAAUAACUACCAUAAAUACUACUACCACCACCACCACCACUACUCCAACAAUUCAAACAACACCUAAAACGGUUACUGAAAAAGAUAUAACAACUACUACCAUUAUAACAACCUCCACUGUGUCUAAUACAACUGGCCCGGCAGCGUCCACACCCAAACCCAAAACCACUAAAAAGGAAGAUGAAGGCGAAGUAGCAACAACGGUAACAACGGAAGUGGAGCUAACAACUACGCCCAAAGUUAUUACUACUGGCGUCCCCGAUAUUACAAGUGUUACGGACUCUAUGGAAACUACUACUCCGGGUAAAACGGGCUUAACCAAACAUUAUCGUGAUGGUGAAAAUGAUAUAACAGAUGCCACCACCACUACGACUGCUGCCACAAAGGUUGCGGCUACUACUCCUGCAACGGGAGAGGAUGUCAAGGGGCCCUUCGAUUAUAGAACAACACCCAAAAUGAAGACCACACGCAUAGAUACUUCUAAUGAACUUGAUGAAUUCAAUAUAACCACACUUUUGACAACAACCCCCAAAUACGAUAGUACCACAUUCCCCGUUAUGAUGGUAACGGAAGAAAUACAGACCACUGAAAAUUUUACCACGCCUCGCAUUAUGGUAACUGAAAAGUCCACCAUGUUCCCGGUAAUAACACCGGAAUCUACCACAGAAUCCCAAGAACCUGUAACCAUGGCUGGAACCACUAUGUCGACACCACCAGAAAUAAUGGAACCCCUUACUACUACCACUGCUAAAGAAUUACUAACACCCGAUAUAACCACAUAUAGACCCACCAUCAUGAUGGAGAGUCCCUCCACCAUUAAACCCCAAAUAGCAGAGGACUUAACCACUACAAUGUUCCCGGUUAUAACGGAAAAGGUUACCGAAAUAUCGGAAAUACCUGGUACCACCACAUCUCUCAGUUCAGUUACUAUGGAAGUUGAAACGACCACGCCGUCGAUGACGUCGUUUUCACAGUUAGAUAAUAAAACUAAAAUCGGUGUUAUCAGCACCACCACUACAACCGAAUCAAUAACAACUACUAUCCCUAGUCUAAGUACAACUACUACUACCACUCCAAGCACAUUGAUCACAGUUAUUAACACUACUUGUACAGUUCAUACUAAUUGUGCCCCCAAUCAAUUAUGUAUUAUGGGCCAGUGUCGUUUUAAGUGUCGUGGUGAUGGAACCAAUGAAAACAAUUGUGUAAAAGAAUCGCCAGGUUCACCUAAAAAUCCCGAACCCUGUCGUUCGAAUAACGAUUGUAUUGAGAGUGAGGCCUGCUAUAUGGGUCUGUGUCAAGAUCCCUGUGAAUUUGCUAAUGUUUGUGCUCCCACAGCCAAAUGUGUAGCGAAAAUGCAUCGACCGAUAUGUUCAUGUCCAACCGGGCAUGAGGGUAAUCCCACAGUGAAAUGUAUAGCAACAGACAAAUCAAUGGAAUGUGCUCAUGAUAGCGAUUGUUCUGUAACGGAAGCUUGUAUUAAUCGUCGUUGCCAACAUCCAUGCGAUGCACACAAUCCCUGUGCUCAAAAUGCUGUAUGUGUUAACACCAACCAUGCUGCCGAUUGCAGUUGCACCGACGGUUAUGAUGGCAACGGUUAUGUGGGUUGCCAACCAGCUUUCAAUUAUGUUCCGGUGUGCCAGUACAAUGAGGAUUGUCCACCUAACAAGUUGUGUGAUCGUUUGAAUCGCCGUUGCAUUAAUCCGUGCCAAGAGGAUUCAUGUGGUGAAAAUGCUGAAUGUAUCCCAACCAAUCAUGGCAUCGAUUGUAGAUGUUUGUCCGGUUUUGUUGGCAAUGCUUAUGUGGAAUGUACUGUUUUGCAAGGCUGCCGUUCUGAUUCCGAGUGCGAUUCUAGCCAGGCCUGCAUCAAUGGCAAAUGUUCUUCGCCUUGCAGCUGUGGAGCGUCUGCCUUGUGUGAUGUGGUUAAUCAUCGUGGUAUUUGUAAAUGUCCUCCCGGCUAUACUGGCAAUCCGGCUGUGGCCUGUAGUCCACCUACAAACCCGUGCGAUCCUAAUCCCUGCGGUCUCAAUGCCUUGUGUGAAUUGGACAAUGGUAAUCCAAUUUGUUAUUGUCCUAAGGGUCUUACAGGAAAUCCAUUUAAGAAUUGCAUACCAGAAGGAGAUGAGUGCUCACCAAAUCCCUGUGGUCCUAACUCUGGUUGCCGCAUGGUUUCGAACCAACCCAUCUGUUUCUGCUUGCCAGAAUAUGAAGGUCAACCACCACGCGUUCCCUGCAAAUUACCUUCGAAUCCCUGCGAACCUUCACCCUGCGGUCCCAAUACACAAUGUACAAUGCUCAGUAAUGGUUUCUCGAAAUGCACCUGCUUGCCAGGUUAUGUUGAAAGUCCCAAUACAAUUAGAGGUUGCAUUGAGCCCAUUAACCCAUGUGAUCCUAAUCCUUGUGGUGUGGGUGCAAUUUGUGAUUCAACACGCAAUCCCGUUUGCUUCUGUCCGGACAAUAAAAUUGGUAAUCCAUUCCGUUUGUGCGAAAAGCCUUCAGUUUCCGUAGAACUGUGCAAACCUGGACCUUGUGGACGAAACGCCGACUGUUACGUGGCUGGAAAUCGUGAAGAAUGUUAUUGUAAACCGGGUUAUGCCGGAGAUCCUUAUCAGGGCUGUCGCGAACCACCACGAUCUGCUUGUGAACCUAAUCCUUGUGGGCCCAAUGCUGAAUGUGUGGUAGCUGGAGAUGGUCAAAGUGCUUGUGUAUGUCCCCAUGGUUUGUCGGGUGAUCCAACAUCGUUAUUGGGUUGUCACGGUUAUGAAUGUCAAGUUGAUGAUGAUUGUUCAUUGGAUAAGGCCUGUAUGGGCUUCAAGUGCCAUGAUCCUUGCCCUGGUGCUUGUGGUCACGGUGCCAGCUGCCGCGUUCAACAACAUCACCCUGUAUGCUCUUGUAAUCCUGGCCUCACCGGCAAUCCUGGAAUUUUCUGCACCGCCAUGGAUGUUCCUAAGAAAACUAAAAAUCCUUGCCUGCCCAGUCCGUGCGGAUUAAAUAGCGAAUGUAAGGUUAUGAACAAUAGAGCUGUCUGCUCCUGCUUGCCUGAUUAUUUGGGAGAUCCUCAAUCUGGCUGCAGACCUGAAUGUGACAUAAAUUCUGAUUGUGGUUCCAAUCAAGCCUGUGUUAAUCACAAAUGUGUCGACCCCUGUGCUGGUACUAUAUGCGGCAUCAAUGCUUUGUGCUCUGUGCAACAACAUACCCCAAUUUGCCGCUGUUUGGAUGGCUUUACUGGAGAUGCUUUCCGCCAGUGCAUUGCCAUUGGUGUUCUACGUAACGUCUCGCGUGAUCCUUGUAUUCCUUCGCCCUGUGGACCAUCAGAUGUUUGUUCUGUUUAUGCAGAUGGUGUAGCUUUAUGUGAUCCAUGCUUUGGAAGUGAUUCACAGUACAAUCCACGCUGCAGACCUGAGUGUGUAUCCAAUUCAGAUUGUCCGUUUGAUAAAGCUUGUUUUGGUUCAAAAUGUUUAGAUCCAUGCCCUGGAUCUUGUGGUCACAAAGCUUCGUGCCAUGUCUACGAACAUAACCCUAUCUGUCAGUGUCCUCCUGGCUUAUAUGGCAAUCCUUACGAACAAUGUGUAGUUCCUUUGGCAGAUAAGCCGGCGCCUUCACCCAGCUGUACCAAAUUACAAUGUGGAGCUAAUGCUGAUUGUAAAAAACAAAGUGGACUUUUGACUUGCGUUUGUCGCCGUGGUUACUUUGGAAAUCCCUUCGUAGCAUGCAGGCCAGAAUGUGUUUUGAACUCCGAUUGUCCUGCUGAUCGUGCCUGUGUUAAUUCAAAAUGUGUGGAUGUCUGCUCAGGAGUGUGCGGCAUUAAUGCCUUGUGUCAAGUCGUUAAUCAUGGUCCGGUGUGUGUUUGUCCCGAAGGAUUUAUAGGUGACGCCUUCAAAUCAUGUUCCAGACAACAACAAAUACCACCCAAUCAAUAUUUGCCUAUACCCAGAAAUCCCUGUGAACCCUCACCUUGUGGACCUAAUUCAAGAUGUAUGAUCUCGCAUGAAGGUCAUGCUGUAUGUUCUUGUUUGCCUAGCUACAAGGGUUCACCACCAGUAUGUCAACCCGAAUGUAUAGUCAGUUCUGAAUGUCCUCUGCAACAAGCUUGUAUCAAUCAACGAUGUGCUGAUCCUUGCCCAGGCACUUGUGGUGCCUCAGCCAGAUGUAAAGUCCUGAAUCAUAAUCCUAUUUGCUCUUGCGAUGCUGGUUAUGAAGGAGAUCCAUUCGUGUCCUGUGUACCAGUUCAAGAAUCACCUAAAGAGGUCGAAAGAAGACCAGAGAAUCCCUGUUUGCCAUCCCCAUGUGGACCCAAUUCGAUAUGUCAAGUUAAGCAAGGCCGACCAGUUUGCUCUUGCGUGGCCAAUUACAUAGGCAGUCCACCAUACUGCAGACCUGAAUGUACUUUGAACAGCGAAUGUCCAUCGGAUAAGGCUUGUAUUCAUGAAAAAUGUGAAAAUCCAUGUGCCAAUACCUGCGGUCAUAACGCCAAAUGUACUGUCAUUGCUCAUGCAGCAUACUGCAGUUGUGAUGAUGGUUAUGAGGGAGAUGCAUUCGUAGGCUGUUCUAAAGUUAUACAAAAACCUGAAGAUCAUGUCGAUCCUUGUUAUGCCAAUCCUUGUGCCGAAAAUGCUGUUUGUAAUGAACGCAAUGGCAUUGCCAGAUGUACUUGCAUUGAACCCUACAUUGGCGAUCCCUACUCGACUGGCUGUAGACCGGAGUGCGUCUAUAACGGUGAAUGUCCUUCCCAAUUGGCUUGUAUUAAACAACAUUGCCGAGAUCCUUGUGUAGGAACUUGUGGAAACUAUGCCGAAUGUUCGGUUGUCAAUCAUGUACCCGUAUGUAGUUGCGCCCAAGGCUAUGUUGGAGAUCCAUUUACUGGCUGCAAAAAGGAUAUUCAAGUCAAACCUAUUAGCCCUUGUGAACCCAAUGUUUGUGGACCCUAUAGUAUUUGCCGUGUGGUUGACGGUCGUCCCACAUGUUCUUGCCAAAUCAAUUACUUCGGUGCUCCGCCCAACUGUCGCCCAGAGUGUGUUGUUAGCUCAGAAUGUAGCCAACAUUUGGCAUGUAUCAAUCAGAAAUGUGUUGAUCCUUGUGCCAACACCUGCGGAUUUAAUGCUAAAUGUCAAGUUGUCAAUCACAAUCCCAUAUGUUCUUGUCCAGCAGAGAUGACUGGUGAUCCUUUCGAACAAUGUGUACCUAAACCUACUGGACCCAGUCGCGAUGUAAAUGCUUGUAUACCAAGCCCAUGUGGACCAAACUCCGAAUGUCGUGAUGUAGAAAAUAGAGCUGCUUGCUCUUGUCUACCCGGCAUGUUUGGUGCUCCACCCAAUUGUCGCCCUGAAUGUGUUAUCCACCAAGAUUGUCCAUCGAAUAGAGCUUGUAUUGCUCAGCGUUGUGAAGAUCCUUGUUUGGGAGCUUGUGGUUUCAAUGCACUCUGCACAUCACAGAACCACAGACCUAUAUGUUCGUGCAUUGAAGGUCACGAAGGUGACCCUUAUGCCGGCUGCAGUAUGCGUGCAAUUGUGGUACCAGACUUACCUAGCGAUCCCUGCAAUCCCUCACCUUGCGGUUCAAAUGCUAUGUGUAAAGAACGCAAUGGUGCUGGAGCUUGUUCAUGCUUGUCAAACUAUUUCGGCGAUCCUUAUGUUAAUUGUAGACCCGAAUGUGUACAAAACUCUGAUUGUCCGCGUACAAAGUCGUGUAUGAAUAUGAAAUGUGUAGAUCCUUGUGUGAAUUUGUGCGGUUUCAAUGCUGUCUGUAGAGUGUCAAAUCAUUUACCGGUUUGCUCUUGUCAACCUGGUUUUACUGGAAAUCCAAUGCGCAUUUGUCACGAGAAACCAUCAAAUAUGUAUUUACCAAUACCCAAAGAUCCUUGUCGACCAUCACCUUGUGGUCUGUUUAGUACUUGUCGCGUUCAAGGUAAUCGUCCGGUGUGUUCAUGUUUGCCCGACUAUAUGGGCCAGCCUCCUAAUUGUAAACCAGAAUGUGUUAUAAGUGCCGAAUGUAGCUCAGACAAGGCUUGCAUUAACCAACGCUGUCAAGAUCCUUGUCCCGGUACAUGUGGUCAUAAUGCCAGAUGCAGAGUGACAAAUCAUUCACCCAUAUGUACAUGUGCCCAGGGCUAUACAGGAGAUCCUUUCCACCAAUGUAUGCCCGAAAGAAAACAACCUGAACUACCAAGGGAUCCCAUAGCGAAACCAAAUCCCUGCAUACCCUCUCCCUGUGGACCCAACUCCCAGUGUAGGGUGUCUGCUACGGGUGCAGUGUGCUCUUGUUUGCGAAACUAUAUUGGACGAGCGCCGAACUGCCGUCCGGAAUGUUCUAUAAAUUCUGAGUGUUCGUCACAAAUGGCUUGUGUGAAUAAUCGCUGUGUAGACCCUUGCAUCGGCUCUUGUGGAAACAAUGCCUUGUGUCAUGUCAGUAACCAUGCUCCGGUAUGCAUGUGUCAAUCUGGUUUUACUGGAGAUCCUUUCUCGGGCUGUUAUCUCUUAAUACAAAUUCCCGACGAGCCUAUUCAACCCUGCCUUCCUAGUCCUUGUGGUUUGAAUGCUUUAUGUGAGGAACGCAAUCGUGCGGCUUCUUGUAAAUGCAUACCCGAGUACUUUGGCGAUCCAUACGUUGAAUGUAGACCCGAGUGUGUUUUGAAUUCGGAUUGUCCGAGAUCGAAAGCUUGUGUUAACAAUAAGUGUGUUGAUCCCUGUCCGGGUAUGUGUGGCAAUAAUGCCGAAUGUUUUGUGUUGAAUCACCAACCUAAUUGCGAAUGUUUGCUGGGCUUUACGGGAAAUCCUAAUUUUGGUUGCCAUCUUAUACCAGAAAUUCCCAAACAUGAUAUUAUUGUACCCAGCAAUCCUUGUGUACCAACACCCUGCGGUCAGUUUAGCAACUGUAGGGAACAAAAUGGUCAUGCCGUAUGCUCUUGCAUUGCUAAUUAUAUAGGUGCUCCGCCCAACUGUCGACCUGAGUGCAUGAGUAGUUCUGACUGCGCGCAAGAUCGAUCAUGCAUUAAUGAGCGCUGUAAAGAUCCCUGUCCCGGAACUUGUGGCAAUAAUGCCCUUUGUCGUGUGGUCAAUCACAAUCCCAUAUGUUCAUGCAUGCCUGGCUUCACUGGUGAUCCAUUCACACGCUGUAUAUAUGAAGAAAAACGACCAAUUGUCAGGGAUCCCAUCAAUCCCUGCGUACCAUCGCCUUGUGGACCCAAUUCUCAAUGUCGCGUUUCAUCGGCCAAUGAGCAAGCCGUUUGCUCUUGCUUGCCCAACUAUAUAGGAAGAUCGCCAAAUUGCCGGCCCGAGUGCACAUCGAACUCGGAGUGUCGAGGCAAUAUGGCAUGCAUAAACCAGCGCUGUCAAGAUCCUUGUCAGGGUUCAUGCGGUUCAUUUACCACAUGUAUUGUAAAUAAUCAUAAGCCAAUAUGUCGCUGCAUUGAGGGUUAUAUUGGUGAUCCAUUUUCAGAAUGUAGUCCACAAAUUAUUGUGCCACCCGAAAAGGCUGAACCUUGCAAUCCCAGUCCCUGUGGUUCUAACGCCGUUUGCAAGGAAAGAAAUGGCGUAGGUUCUUGUACCUGCUUGCCAGAAUACAAUGGUGAUCCUUACACUGAAUGUCGACCAGAAUGUGUUCUUAAUACGGACUGUGCUAAGAACCGCGCUUGUAUAAAUAACAAAUGUAGAGAUCCCUGUCCAGGAGUUUGUGGCGUGGAGGCAGAGUGUCAUGUUAUUAAUCAUUCGCCUAGUUGCAGCUGUCCAUCCGGAUACACGGGAAAUCCUUCGCAGUAUUGUCGCAAAGAAACUAAACAAUUGGAUAAUGUCAAUCCCUGUCGCCCAUCACCAUGCGGUCCUUAUAGUCAAUGUCGCGAAGUAAAUGGUCAUGCGGUCUGCUCAUGCAUAACUAAUUACAUUGGUACUCCACCUACCUGUCGUCCUGAAUGUUCGGUUAGUUCCGAGUGUUCUCAAGAUAGGGCCUGUUUGAAUUCGCGUUGUGUAGAUCCAUGUCCAGGAACUUGCGGCAAUGAAGCUAUUUGCAAGGUUACCAAUCACAAUCCCAUAUGUUCAUGUCCACCGGGUUACACUGGAGAUCCUUUCAUAAGAUGUGUGAAAAUUGAAGAAAGACGUGUUGAGGACAAACCCACAAAUCCCUGCAUACCAAGUCCGUGUGGUCCAAACUCACAAUGCCGUGCUGUUGGCGAGACUCCCGUAUGCUCCUGUUUGCCUAACUUUGUGGGACGAGCUCCUAACUGUAGACCAGAAUGUACUAUUAACUCGGAAUGUCCCUCAAACUUAGCUUGUAUUAACGAGAGAUGUAAAGAUCCCUGUCCAGGAUCAUGUGGUUUCAAUGCUUUCUGUAAUGUAGUCAACCAUUCGCCAGUUUGCACUUGUGAGUCAGGCUAUUCUGGAGACCCCUUCGCUGGCUGUAAUCCAACACCGGUUCCUGAAGAACGACUUACGCCUUGUAACCCCACACCUUGUGGCACAAAUGCCGAAUGCAAAGAACGCAAUGGAGCCGGUUCUUGUACAUGUCUUGCGGGUUACUUCGGUGAUCCUUACAGUGGUUGUCGUCCCGAAUGUGUGGUUAAUUCUGACUGUCCUCGUGAUAAAUCGUGCGUUAAUCAGAAAUGUACAGAUCCAUGUCCCGGAGUUUGCGGUAUUAAUGCUGAUUGUCGCGUGGGUAACCAUGUGCCAACCUGUCAUUGCUUACCUGGCUACACCGGCAAUCCUCUCAGCUCUUGUCGCGUUAUACCUGAACCAGAACCCACACCAAAUGUUGCCAAAGAUGUUAAUCCUUGUCAACCUUCGCCUUGUGGUCCCUACAGUCAGUGCCGCGAAGUAAAUGGCCACGCUGUUUGCUCUUGCCAAGCCAACUUUAUAGGUUCAGCACCUAACUGUCGCCCUGAGUGUAUAGUCAGUUCUGAUUGUGCUCAAGAUAUGGCUUGCCAAAAUCAAAAAUGCGUAGAUCCUUGCCCUGGUACUUGUGGUUUAGAAGCACGUUGUCAAGUAAUCAAUCACUAUGCUGCAUGUUCCUGUCCUCCUGGUUAUACAGGAGAUCCUUUCAAUAGAUGUUCUAGAAUUAAAUUGGAUAUAACUCCUAUAACAAAAACUGGUAACCCCUGUGUGCCUAGUCCAUGUGGACCCAACUCGAAAUGUAUCGAUGUUGGCGAUUCACCUGCAUGCUCCUGUCUACCAAACUAUCUGGGGCGACCCCCUAAUUGUCGUCCCGAAUGCAUGAGUAGCUCUGACUGUCCCGCCAAUUUGGCCUGCAUGAAUCAAAAAUGUUCGAAUCCAUGUGUGGGUACUUGUGGUGUACACACUUUAUGUACAGUUAUUAAACACAAUCCCACAUGUCAAUGCGAACCUGGCUACACUGGAGAUCCUUUCUCUGGCUGUAGUGCUGUACAAAUAAUAACUACUACGGAACGACCUCGUGAUCCUUGCAAUCCCAGCCCUUGCGGUGCCAAUGCUGUUUGUCGUGAACGCAAUGGUGCCGGAUCGUGUGCUUGUUUGCCUGAAUAUUUCGGCGAUCCUUAUAGCGGUUGUAGACCAGAAUGUGUCCAAAACUCUGAUUGUGAUCGUUCGAAGGCAUGUCUCAACAACAAAUGUAUUGAUCCUUGUCCAGGUGUCUGUGGAAUUAAUGCUGAGUGCCGUGUUCUUAAUCAUGCUCCCAACUGUCAAUGUUUCGAAGGUUACACCGGAGAUCCACAUCGUUCUUGUGCCGUUACUGAAGUUAUCACUAUGGCUCCUUUGAACCCAUGUCAACCAUCGCCUUGUGGACCUUACAGCCAAUGUCGCGAAUCGAAUGGUCACGCUGUUUGCUCGUGCUUGGAUAACUAUGUUGGAGCACCACCAACGUGCCGUCCUGAAUGUGUUGUCAGCUCAGAAUGUCCUCAAAAUCGAGCUUGUAUACAACAAAAGUGUGCCGAUCCUUGUGCUGGAGCUUGUGGUUCACAAGCUAGAUGCCAGGUUGUUAACCACAACCCUAUUUGCACAUGCCCAGCGGGUAUGACCGGUGAUCCAUUUGUUGAAUGCAUUACUGCGAAGGAACAACCACGAGACCCUGAGAAUCCAUGUGUGCCGUCGCCUUGUGGACCCAACUCUUUGUGUCGAGAAAUUGGAGGACAAGCUGCCUGCUCAUGCCAAACAAACUAUGUGGGCAGACCACCAAAUUGCAGACCAGAAUGUACAAACCACGAUGAAUGCCCCAACCAUUUGUCAUGUCAGAAUGAAAAAUGUGUCGAUCCUUGUCCAGGCUCAUGUGGCGUGAAUGCUUUAUGUAAGGUUGUGCAACAUAAUGCUGUUUGCUCUUGCACCGAUGGCUACGAAGGAGACCCAAUAUCCGGUUGUGAACUUAUACCACCUGUAUUGCCUAAACAACCGCAAUCAUCACCAUGUGAACCAUCACCUUGUGGUCCACAGGCUGAGUGCCGUGAACGCAAUGGAGCCGGUGCCUGCUACUGUCACGAAGGCUACCAAGGUAAUCCUUAUGAUGUUGAGCGCGGUUGUCGCCGUGAAUGUGAAGCCCACGAUGAUUGUGCACCCGCUCUAGCCUGUGUACGUUUCAAAUGUGUAGAUCCUUGCGAUAACAUAUGCGGAGAAUUUGCCCUUUGUACAGUGGAUAAUCAUGUACCUACAUGCACGUGUCCUGCUGGUUAUUCAGGAGAUCCAUUCUUCCAAUGUAAACAAAUUCCGGUAACACCACGACCCAUUGUCAAUCCAUGUGUGCCAUCUCCAUGUGGUCCAAACAGUAUUUGCCGCAAUAUCAAUGAUCAAGCUGUGUGUUCAUGUCAGUCAGGAUUUAUCAACCAACCACCAAAUUGUAGACCCGAAUGUGUGGUUAGUUCUGAGUGUGCUAUAGAGAAGGCUUGCGUGAACAAUAAAUGUGUAGACCCUUGUCAACAUACAUGUGGUCAACUGGCCAUAUGUACCGUGAAGAAUCACAGUCCCAUCUGUACAUGUCCUAGAGGAAUGACUGGAGAUCCAUUUGUCAGGUGUUCAAGAAUACCAAUUGUUGUGGAUGAUAAACCAAGCACCGAAAAACCACCAUCAUGUGUUCCAUCACCUUGUGGCCCGAACUCAAAAUGCCAGGUAAUUGGUGGCAGUCCAGCCUGUUCUUGCUUACAAGACUUCACUGGCGCUCCUCCCAACUGCCGACCAGAAUGUGUUCUUAACUCUGAGUGUGGUCCCACCGAAGCUUGUAUCAAUCAGAAAUGUCGCGAUCCUUGUCCUGGAUCCUGCGGUUUUGAAGCUAAAUGUCAUGUCCUCAACCAUGUUCCUAUAUGUAAUUGUUUGGAUGGUUAUACUGGAGAUCCAUUUGUACGUUGCAGUCCUACCCCUGUUCAGGAAACACCUAAGAUUCCAAAUGAUCCUUGUGAUCCAAAUCCUUGUGGUCCCAAUGCUGAUUGUUUCAACGGUGAGUGCAGAUGCCAAGAUAAUUACCAAGGCAAUCCCUAUGAAAGCUGUCGUCCAGAAUGUUCUCUUUCCGCUGACUGUCCACGCGAUAAGGCCUGCUUGCGCAACAAGUGUGUCGAUCCUUGUCCAGGAACUUGUGGUAUCAAUGCAGUUUGUGAAGUACUAAACCAUAUUCCUGUAUGCUCUUGUGUCAAGGGCUAUGAAGGAGAUCCAUUUACGAACUGUCGUUUGAAAAUAGAAGAACCAGAAAGACCAGUCCAACCAUGCUCACCUUCUCCCUGCGGUGCCAACAGUCAGUGCCGUGACAUUAAUAAUCAUGCCGUUUGCUCUUGCUUAGAUGGAUUCAUUGGAGCUCCACCACAAUGUCGCCCAGAAUGUGUUGUUUCUAGUGAGUGCUCUGCUUUGCAGGCUUGCGUCAAUAAGAAAUGCGUUGAUCCCUGUGCCGGAUCCUGCGGUAUUGAUGCUCGUUGUGAAGUUAUAAAUCAUAGUCCUAUUUGUGGUUGUCCACCUGGAAAAACUGGAGAUCCAUUCAAGAGAUGUUUCGAUAUACCCAUUGAAGCACCAAGAGAUCCAGAGGUACCCAGAGAUCCUUGCGCACCAUCACCAUGUGGACCCAACUCUAUCUGCAAGGCUGGUCCUAGCGGUCCUUCCUGUCAAUGUAUGCCAGAAUUCUUUGGAUCACCACCUAACUGCAGACCUGAAUGUAUCAUCAAUCCUGAUUGUCCUUCCACACAAGCUUGUAUUAACAACAAAUGUCGCGAUCCUUGUCCUGGAUCAUGUGGCACUAAUGCUGAAUGCCGCGUUAUUAGCCACUCAGUAUCAUGUUCAUGUCCAGCCGGUUAUGCUGGUAAUGCUUUCGUACAAUGUAUUCCACAGAGAGAAGAACCAAUUAAACCCUGUGAACCAUCACCUUGUGGGCCAAAUGCUGAAUGUAUUGAACGUAAUGGUGCCGCUUCUUGUAAGUGCAUUGAUGAAUACCAAGGCAACCCCUAUGAAGGAUGUCGACCAGAGUGUGUCCUUAGUUCAGAUUGUCCAACCGAUCAGGCUUGUAUACGCAACAAAUGUAAAGAUCCUUGUCCAGGAAUCUGUGGUUCGAAUGCUCAAUGUUAUGCUGUCAAUCAUGUACCAAACUGUGUGUGCAAUGACGGCUAUACCGGCGAUCCAUUCUCUAAUUGUCGACCUCAACCCAAGAUACCACCACCUGCCCCCGGCAACCCUUGUCAACCGUCACCAUGUGGCCCCAACAGUAAAUGCCGUGAAGCAAACGGUUUGGCUGUAUGUUCAUGUCUGGAUUCCUUCAUUGGUUCACCACCAAAUUGUAAACCUGAGUGCACAGUUAAUGCCGAAUGUCCGCAAAAUAAGGCCUGUCACAAAUUCAAAUGUGCCAACCCCUGCGCUGGCACUUGCGGUAUCGAUGCCAAAUGUGAAGUGAUUAACCACAAUCCAAUUUGCAGUUGUUCAUUGGAAAUGACAGGUGAUCCGUUUACAAGAUGUUAUCCAGCACCCAUACGCCCGAAGGAUGAACCAACCAAACCUAAAAAUCCCUGCGUACCGUCACCUUGUGGCUUGUAUUCCGAGUGUCGCGUUAGUGGUGAUCAACCAUCAUGCUCAUGUUUGCCUAAUUACAUUGGAGCCCCACCUAAUUGUCGCCCAGAGUGUGUGGUUAACACCGAUUGCCCCUCUGAUUUGGCAUGUAUUGCCGAAAAAUGUCGCAAUCCUUGUGAUGGCACUUGUGGAAUUAACUCCGAGUGUCGCAUACAAAAUCACUUAGCUAUUUGUACUUGCCGCUCUGGCUUCACUGGCGAUCCAUUCAGUCAGUGUAUUGAAAUUAUUGAAGAAAAGACUCAGACUCCAGUAGAAAUGGAUCCAUGUGCUUUGCAGCCUUGUGGUGCAAACGCUGAAUGUCAACCAGGUGGUGUCUGUGUCUGUUUAAGAGACUAUCAAGGAGAUCCCUAUGUGGGUUGUAGACCAGAAUGUACACUGAGCACAGAUUGCUCACCCAACAAAGCCUGUUUAAAUAAGAAAUGCGUUGAUCCCUGUCCUGGAACUUGUGGCCAAAACGCCCAAUGUGAUGUUAGUAAUCAUAUACCCGUUUGUACUUGUCCUAAAGGCUAUACCGGCGAUCCAUUCAUCAAUUGUCGUCAAGUGGUACGCAACGAUUUAGUACCAGUAGAUCCCUGCCAACCCAAUCCAUGCGGUCCUAACAGUAUAUGCCAAGUUUCCACUCAAGGUCCCAGAUGUGCCUGCAAACCCGGUAUGUUGGGCUCACCACCCGCCUGUAAGCCCGAGUGUAUUGUUAGCUCCGAAUGUUCUCUGCAAACAGCAUGCAUCAAUCGCAAAUGCGUGGAUCCUUGUCCAGGAGCCUGUGGUCAAUUCGCAAAAUGUCAAGUUAUCAAUCACAAUCCCAUCUGUACUUGUAAUAAUGGCUACACAGGAGAUCCAUUCAAUCGCUGUUAUGAAGAACCAAAGGUCAUAGAACCUAUACGACCAGUUAAUCCAUGUGUGCCAUCGCCAUGUGGCCCCAACUCAGAAUGCAAGGUUGUGGGCGAUAGUCCAGCCUGUUCAUGCGCUGCUACUUUCUUGGGUACUCCGCCAAAUUGCAGACCCGAAUGUACCAUCAAUCCAGAAUGUCCUUCAACGAAAGCCUGUAUUCGACAAAAAUGUGAAGAUCCCUGUGUGGGUUCAUGCGGCUUUAAUGCUCGUUGCUCUGUUGCCAACCAUAUGCCAAUCUGCAGCUGCGAAGUCGGUUAUACUGGAGAUCCAUUUACUAGCUGUCAACCAACACCAGAACGCGUAGUCAAUGAACAUAUAACACCCUGUGAACCAAAUCCUUGCGGUUCAAAUGCUGUGUGCCGUGAACAAAAUGGCAUUGGGUCUUGCCAAUGUUUGCCGGAAUACUAUGGAGAUCCGUAUCAAUCGUGUCGACCAGAAUGUAUUCGUAAUUCUGAUUGCCCAACGACUAAAUCGUGUACUCAAAACAAAUGUAGAGAUCCUUGCCCCGGUACAUGUGCUUCGAAUGCUAUAUGCUCUGUAGCCAAUCAUAUUCCCACCUGCUCUUGUCUGCCAGGUUAUAUAGGAGAUCCUUAUAGAUAUUGCCAAAGAGAGCCAGAGAAACCCGUUCGUCUGCAAGAACCUACAAAUCCAUGUGUUCCGUCACCUUGCGGUCCUAACUCUCAGUGUCGUGAAUUAAAUGGCCAGGCUAUAUGUUCUUGUUUGGAGAAUUAUAUAGGCUUGCCUCCUUCCUGUAGACCAGAAUGUGUAUUGAGUACUGAGUGCCCUGCUGAUAAGGCCUGCAUUAAUCAAAAAUGUCAGGAUCCUUGUCCAGGAACAUGUGGUCUCAAUGCUGAGUGUAGAGUACGUAAUCACAGUCCGCUUUGCCAAUGUAGACCUAGAUUCACAGGCGAUGCUUUUACUAGAUGUUAUCCCAUACCACCUCCUGUUCCUGUAAUUAAACAAAUUGAAAGAGAUCCUUGUGUGCCUUCGCCGUGUGGCCUUAACUCACAGUGUCGCAAUAUUAAUGGCGUACCAUCGUGUUCUUGUUUGGAAACAUAUAUAGGAGCUCCUCCCAACUGUCGGCCGGAGUGCUCUAUAAGUUCAGAGUGUGCUUCAGAUAAGGCUUGUAUACGUGAGAAAUGUAUGGAUCCGUGUCCAGGUUCUUGUGGUUUUUCAGCCGUUUGCAGUGUCAUCAAUCAUACUCCUAUAUGUACUUGUCCCGAAGGUUAUACCGGUGAUCCUUUCAGUUCAUGUAGACCAGCACCACCAGCUGAGAUCUAUAAUGAACCCUCCGAUCCUUGUCGUCCAUCACCUUGUGGUGCCAAUGCUUUAUGCAAUAAUGGUAUUUGUUCUUGUCUGCCCGAGUACCAUGGAGAUCCUUAUUCUGGUUGCCGACCAGAAUGUGUUUUAAAUUCGGAUUGUCCUCGUGAUAAAGCAUGCUCUCGCAGUAAAUGUAUUAACCCCUGUCCUGGAACUUGCGGUGAUAAUGCCAUUUGUGAUGUUAUCAAUCAUAUACCAAUGUGCAGAUGUCCGGAAGGCACUCAAGGUAGUGCUUUCAUUAGAUGCACCCCUCAACAAAAAUUAAUUACAGCAUCGAAACCCUGCCAACCCUCACCAUGUGGACCCAAUUCCCAAUGCCGUGAAAUAAAUCAACAGCCGGUUUGUUCUUGUAUACAAGGUUUUAUAGGUUCUCCGCCUACUUGUCGACCAGAAUGUACCUCGAACUCAGAAUGCGCACCUAUGCAGGCGUGUCUUAAUCAAAAAUGUCGCGAUCCCUGUCCUGGCACCUGUGGUGUUAGUGCCGUCUGCUCUGUAGUGAAUCACAGUCCUUUCUGUACCUGUCCCAAUGAUUUUACGGGUAAUCCGUUUGUUAGGUGUCAGCGUAUAAUUAAACCUGUAAGCGAUGUGGUACCUCAGGAUCCAUGUCGCCCAUCUCCUUGUGGACCGUUUUCACGCUGCAAACCAAUUGGACAAUCUCCAUCUUGCUCUUGUAUGGAAUCAUAUAUAGGAAGACCUCCGAACUGUCGUCCCGAAUGUGUAACUAGUUCAGAUUGUGCCAGCAAUUUGGCUUGUGUUAAUCAGAAAUGUGUAGAUCCAUGUCCCGGAAGAUGUGGCUUAAAUGCCGAAUGUCGUGUAGUUAGUCAUGCUGUACAAUGUGUUUGUGUGGUCGGCUACACCGGAGAUCCAUUCGUACAAUGUAGCCCUCCUAUUGAAAGGGAUAUUAUAGAAGUUCUUACCCCUUGCAAUCCCUCACCUUGCGGUCCAAAUGCUAUAUGUAGAGAACGUAAUGGCGCCGGAUCAUGCCAAUGUUUACCAGAUUAUCACGGCAAUCCCUAUGAGGGCUGCCGACCAGAAUGUGUACUUAACUCAGAUUGCCCCUCAAACAAAGCAUGUCAACAACAGAAAUGUCAAGAUCCAUGUCCCGGAACUUGUGGACAAAAUGCCGAAUGCCAGGUGGUUAAUCAUUUGCCUACGUGUAAUUGUUUCUCCGGUUACACAGGGGAUCCGUAUCGCCUUUGCAUCCAGCCAGUUGAACCUAUACGUAUGGAAUAUGUUAAUCCAUGCCAGCCUUCUCCGUGUGGUCCCAAUAGUCAGUGUCGUGAGGUUAAUGAACAAGCCGUUUGUUCUUGCUUACCAGAAUUUAUAGGUCAACCUCCUUCCUGCAGACCUGAAUGCACCAUAUCAUCAGAAUGUUCCGGUGAUAAGGCUUGCAUUAAUCAGAAAUGUGUAAAUCCAUGUGAUAGCUCACCUUGUGGUCAAAAUGCAGAAUGUAGGGUUCGAAAUCAUAGUCCAUUAUGUUCUUGUAAUCGCGGUUAUACUGGAGAUGCUUUCAUCAGAUGUUAUCCUAUACCACCUCCUCCCCCUGAAGUACAACGGGAGGAGAUUAGAGAUCCUUGUGUUCCUUCGCCAUGUGGUCCAAACUCGGAAUGUCGCAAUUCCAAUGGCGUUUCUGCGUGUUCUUGUUUGGCAAAUUAUAUAGGUCAGCCUCCGAAUUGUAGACCAGAAUGUACGAUAAACUCAGAAUGUCCUAGCCAACAGGCAUGUAUCAAUCAGAAAUGUAGAGAUCCAUGUCCAGGAGCAUGUGGUAUUAAUUCCAUUUGCCGUGUUAUAAACCAUAAUCCAUCGUGUGCCUGUAUUGAAGGCUAUAUAGGCAAUCCAUUCACUAGUUGUUCACCCAAACCACCAGAACCUACUACUCCUCCACCUUUGGAUGAUCCUUGUACUCCCUCGCCUUGCGGUCCCAAUGCAGUCUGCAGUAACGGUCAAUGUACUUGUAUACCCGAGUACCUAGGAGACCCUUAUGUAGAAUGUAGACCAGAAUGCGUUCUCAACUCGGAAUGUCCUCGCAAUAAAGCCUGUAUACGUAAUAAAUGUGUGGACCCAUGCCCCGGAACCUGUGCAGCAAAUGCAAUAUGUGAGGUUCACAAUCAUGUUCCUAUGUGCCAUUGUCCCGAAAAAAUGACGGGAAAUGCUUUCUUCGAAUGUCCCCCAGUGCCAACAAAUCCUUGUCAGCCUUCACCCUGUGGACCCAACAGCCAAUGUCGCGUGGUCCAAGGUACAGCUGUAUGCUCUUGUCUUUCUGAUUUUAUAGGUAGUCCACCACAGUGUAGACCUGAAUGUACAACAAACUCCGAUUGUCCUCCAGAUCAGGCUUGUCAAAAUAUGAAAUGUAGAGAUCCUUGUCCAGGAACUUGUGGCUUCAAUGCUGAUUGUAAUGUAGUAAAUCAUACACCAUACUGUAGGUGUCGCAAUCGUAUGACUGGCGAUCCAUUUGUAAGAUGUCAAGAAAUUGUAGAGCCCAUAAGAGAUGAGAAAAUUCCAACUAAUCCAUGCCAACCAUCGCCAUGUGGUCCUAACUCGGAAUGUCGCGUUAAUGGAGAUUCUCCCACAUGCUCUUGUUUACCUGAUUUUAUCGGUUCGCCCCCACAAUGUCGACCAGAAUGUAUUUCCAACUCAGAAUGUAGUACAAAUAAGGCAUGUAUUAAUCAGAAAUGCCAAGACCCUUGUCCAGGAUUGUGUGGACAGAACGCGCUUUGUCGGGUAUUCUCACAUACACCCAUGUGCUUGUGUAACGACGGCUUUACUGGGGACCCAUUCUCCGUGUGCAGUCCGGUGCAACAGACACCAGUGGAGGAAGUGAGACCAUGCGUCCCCAAUCCUUGUGGUGUUAAUGCCAAAUGUAUUGAACGUGGAGAUGCAGGAUCUUGUCAAUGUUUGCCAGAGUAUUUUGGAAAUCCUUAUGAGGGCUGUCGUCCCGAAUGUGUAUUGAAUUCAGACUGUGCUUCAAAUAGAGCUUGUCAAAAUCAGAAAUGUGUCGACCCUUGUCCAGGAACCUGUGGCCAAAAUGCAGAAUGUAAGGUUAUUAAUCAUUUGCCAUCGUGUAAUUGUUUACCUGAUUACACAGGAGAUCCGUAUAAUUUCUGUUCCGUCCUUCGAAAUGAGCGUAAGCCUUCGACAUUUUUCUUGGUGAAUUUCUUUAACAAUCAUUUAAUUUUAGCUGUUCGUGAAUACGUUAAUCCUUGCCAACCUUCACCAUGUGGUCCUAAUUCACAAUGCAGAGAGGCGAAUGGUCAACCUGUUUGCUCUUGUCUGAUAGAUUAUAUAGGUUCACCACCGGCUUGUAGGCCAGAGUGUACAUCUAGUUCUGAGUGCCCUUCGGAUAAGGCCUGUGUUAAUCGAAAAUGUGUAGAUCCCUGUCCUGGUGUUUGUGGUCAAAACGCCGUGUGUCAAGUACGUAAUCAUAGUCCAAUAUGCAGCUGCAACAAUGGCUUCACUGGUGAUGCUUUCGUUCGUUGUUUCCGUAUACCACCACAAAGAGCCGAACCUACACCACAAACGCCAAGAGAUCCUUGUGUCCCUUCACCCUGUGGCCCAAAUUCGCAAUGUCGUGAUGUUGGCGGUUCGCCAUCGUGUUCCUGUUUACCAAACUAUUUGGGUUCACCACCUUCGUGCAGACCUGAAUGUACUAUCAAUUCGGAGUGUGGCUCCCAAGAGGCAUGUAUUAAUCAAAAAUGUCGCGAUCCUUGCCCAGGAUCAUGUGGAAUUAACACAUUAUGUUUUGUUCGUGCUCAUACACCCAUAUGUACGUGUCAAUCUGGUUUUACCGGAGAUCCAUUCGUCGUUUGUAAUCCAAUACCACCACCACCUGCCAAAACUGAAGUCAUUGCUGACGAUCCCUGUAACCCAUCUCCUUGUGGUGCCAAUGCAAACUGCAACAAUGGCCAAUGUUCUUGUCUACCUGAGUACAAUGGUGAUCCUUAUACUGGUUGUAGACCAGAAUGUGUUUUGCAUACAGAUUGUGCACGAGAUAGGGCCUGUGUUAGGCAUAAAUGUGUAGAUCCUUGUAUAGGAACAUGCGCAUCGAAUGCUAUUUGCGAAGUAAUCAAUCAUAUACCAAAUUGUAGAUGCCCUGAGAACAUGGAGGGCAAUGCUUUCACCCUGUGCUCUCUCAUUCCAAAACAAGAUUUACCCAUACAUCCUUGCCAACCUUCACCCUGUGGUCCCAAUUCACAGUGCAGAGAAGUCAACCAGCAGGCUGUGUGUUCAUGCAUAGAAGGUUUCAUGGGAAGUCCACCGCUAUGCAGACCAGAAUGUACAUCUAAUACAGAAUGUGCUUUGAAUUUGGCUUGCUUAAAUCAGAAAUGUAGCGAUCCUUGUCCUGGUGUAUGUGGUCGCAAUGCCUUGUGCCAUGUCAACAACCAUAGUCCGUAUUGUAGAUGUCCAGAUAGGUACGACGGUAAUCCAUUUGUUAGCUGUCAACCAAGACUAGAAUCACCCUCGCCACCUGUAAGACAACCUUGCCAACCUUCACCUUGUGGAUCAUACUCUCAAUGUCGCGAAGUAGGCGAUAGUCCAUCAUGUUCGUGCCUGCCUGAUUACGUGGGUGCACCGCCAAAUUGUAGACCCGAAUGUGUUACUAGUUCAGAAUGUCCUUCGAAUCAAGCUUGCAUUAAUCAAAAGUGUAAAGAUCCCUGUCCUGGUCUCUGUGGGGCUGAAGCUGAGUGUCGUGUUAUUUCUCAUACACCCAGUUGCUAUUGUCCACAGGGCUAUGAAGGCGAUCCCUUCUUACAAUGUACUAGGAAACAGGUAGCGCCACAGUUGGAUCAUGUUGAUCCUUGCAAUCCCAGUCCUUGUGGCCAAAAUGCGCGUUGUGUUGCUAGAAAUGAUGCGGGCUCAUGUCAAUGCUUCCCCGAAUAUUUCGGCAAUCCUUAUGAAGGUUGUCGUCCUGAAUGUGUGCUGGACUCUGAUUGUGCCAGCAAUUUGGCCUGUCAAAAUAUGAAAUGUCGGGACCCAUGUCCAGGAACAUGUGGCCAAAAUGCCAUAUGUAAUGUUCUCAAUCAUGUACCAAGAUGUUCCUGUAUAACCGGUUAUGAGGGAGAUCCUUAUCGUUCUUGCUUACCUGUUAAACAACAGUAUGUUAAUCCUUGCCAACCAUCACCAUGUGGACCUAAUUCGCAAUGUCGUGAAAUAAAUGAACAACCCGUUUGUUCAUGCUUACCGGAUUACGUUGGUAGUCCACCGCUUUGUAGGCCUGAAUGUACUCAAUCGUCGGAAUGUGCUUUCGAUAAGGCUUGUGUUAAUCAAAAAUGUGUAGAUCCUUGUCCAGGAACAUGUGGCACUAAUGCCAAUUGCAGAGUUCAUAAUCAUAGUCCAUUGUGUACUUGUAGAUCCGGCUUCACAGGAGAUCCGUUCUACAUUUGUCGUCCCAUACCACCUCAACCUCCAAUACAAGUUCAGAAAACGCCACAAGAUCCGUGUGUACCUUCUCCAUGCGGAUCGAAUUCACAGUGUAGGCGCGUAGGAGAUUCAUUCUCUUGUUCGUGUUUACCAAAUUAUAUAGGUGCGCCUCCUAGUUGUAGACCUGAGUGUGUUAUUAAUGCCGAUUGUCCUAGUAAUCAGGCAUGUAUUAAUGAAAAAUGUCGCGAUCCUUGUGCUGGAGCCUGUGGUUUAGGUGCUCUCUGCGAGGUAAAUAAUCACACACCCAACUGCAGGUGUCCUGCUGGUUUUACUGGAGAUCCAUUCUCUGUUUGCGAAACUGCCCCACCACCACCACCAUCUCCUGUCAAAGACGAUCCCUGCAACCCAUCGCCAUGUGGCCCCAAUGCUCAAUGUAAUAACGGUGUUUGCUCUUGCAUAGCUGAAUAUCAAGGCGACCCUUAUACCGGUUGCCGACCGGAAUGUGUAUUGAAUUCGGAUUGUUCUCGCGAAUUAACUUGCAUACAAAACAAAUGUCGCGAUCCUUGUCCGGGAACUUGUGCCACGAAUGCUUUCUGUCAGGUUAUCAAUCACAUACCAAUGUGCACCUGUCCUGAAGGCAUGGCCGGCAAUGCCUUCGUUUUAUGUUCUCCCAUACCACGUAAAUAUCAAUCGCUUGAAGUACAUGUACCAGAAGUAAAAGUUAACUUUAAUGUUGUCUACAUUUUAGCACCAGUUAAAGGCAAUCCUUGUCAACCAUCACCUUGUGGUCCAAACUCACAAUGUCGUGAAGUAAAUUCACAAGCCGUAUGCUCAUGCUUACCCAAUUAUUUGGGAGUACCUCCGGCGUGUCGUCCAGAAUGUACCGCUAAUCAAGAAUGUCCAGCCAAUUUGGCAUGUGUCAAUCAGAAAUGUGUUGACCCAUGUCCAGGAUCUUGUGGAAGAAAUGCUCAAUGUUCUACAGUUAAUCACAACCCAUUCUGCACCUGCUUACCUCGUUACACAGGAAAUCCGUUUGUAGCCUGUCAACCCAUCAUAGAACCACCACCACAAGACACACAGCCUCAGGAUCCUUGCCGACCAUCACCAUGUGGCCCUAAUUCUCAAUGCAGAGCGGUUGGUGAUACUCCAUCUUGCUCGUGCCUAGAUGGUUUCGUAGGCUCAGCUCCAUACUGUAGACCCGAAUGUGUAUCCAACUCUGAGUGUCCAACCAACAUGGCCUGUAUUAAUCAAAAGUGUAAAGAUCCUUGCAUAGGACUAUGUGGUUCUUCGGCCAUAUGUCGUGUAGUUUCACAUACUCCUAUGUGUACAUGUCAAACUGGUUUCACGGGAGAUCCAUUUACUUUGUGCUCUCCUAUACCAGUUCGAAUACAAGAGGAACCUUUACAACCAUGCAAUCCUUCGCCAUGUGGUGCAAAUGCUCAGUGUACAGAACGCAAUGGUGCAGGAGCUUGUCAAUGUUUGCCUGAAUUCUUUGGAAAUCCUUAUGAAGGCUGCAGGCCUGAAUGUGUUUUGAAUUCAGAUUGUCCCACCAACAAAGCCUGCCACAACCAGAAAUGCCGUGAUCCCUGCCCAGGUACUUGCGGCAAUAAUGCGGAAUGUUCGGUAUUAAAUCAUGUACCCAACUGUAAUUGCUUUAUUGGUUAUAUUGGAGAUCCUUACAGUUAUUGUUCCAAACCCCAAGAACCCAUACGUCAAGAAUAUGUUAAUCCCUGUCAACCUUCGCCAUGUGGUCCCAACUCGCAAUGUCGUGAAAUCAAUGAACAGACCGUGUGCUCAUGUCUUCCCGAAUUUAUAGGCGUAGCACCAGCAUGUCGCCCUGAAUGCACUACAAACAAUGAAUGUCCUUCGGAUAAGGCAUGUAUAAAUCGUAAGUGUUCAGACCCUUGCCCUGGAGUUUGUGGUCAGAAUGCUGAAUGUCAAGUUCGAAAUCACAAUCCAUUAUGUUUAUGUCGUCCUGGUUUGAUUGGUGAUGCAUUUGUGCGCUGUUACCCACAACCAUCUCCGCUACCCCCUGUUAAAGAUGUUCAGAUUUAUCGUGAUCCAUGUGCACCAUCACCUUGUGGACCAUUUUCGCAAUGCCGCAAUCAAUAUGAAACGCCUUCUUGCAUGUGUCUGCCCAAUUAUAUAGGCUCACCUCCGAACUGUAGACCCGAAUGUUCAAUUAACGCUGACUGUCCUUCUAGCCAAGCAUGUAUUAAUGAGAAGUGUCGCGAUCCCUGUCCUGGAGCGUGUGGUAUUAACACCGAAUGUACAGUCAUUAAUCAUAUACCUAAUUGCAAAUGUCAAUUGGGAUAUGUGGGUGAUGCCUUCGUGGUCUGUCAACCAGCACCUCCUCCAGCAAAAAUUGUAAAAGAUGAACCACGGGACCCAUGCUAUCCCAAUCCUUGUGGUUCCAAUGCAGUUUGUUCUGGUGAAGGCGUAUGUUCUUGUUUGGCAGAUUACCAAGGCGAUCCCUAUGUGGCUUGCAAGCCAGAAUGUGUACUUAACUCGGAAUGUCCGAGUAAUCAAGCUUGCAUAAAUCAAAGAUGUCGCGAUCCUUGUCCUGGCACAUGUGCCACUAACGCCAUAUGCGAAGUACGAAAUCACAUACCAAUGUGUCAUUGUCCUGAUCGCAUGACUGGUAACGCAUUUGUAAACUGCCAACCCGUACAGCAAAGUAGGUUAAAUUUAAUAAAUCCUGACGUGUAUCGCAACCCCUGUCAACCUUCUCCGUGUGGACCCAAUUCGCAAUGUCGUGAAAUAAAUAAUCAAGCUGUGUGCUCAUGUCUACCAAACUUCUUAGGCUCUCCUCCUAGCUGUCGCCCAGAAUGCACCACCAAUUCAGAAUGUCCAGCUAAUCUAGCCUGUCAAAAUCAAAAGUGUAUUGAUCCUUGUCCGGGAACAUGUGGAAGGUUUGCCCUCUGCAAUGUUGUUAAUCACAGUCCAUUCUGUACUUGUGUUCAAGGUUACACCGGAAAUCCAUUCAUACAGUGUUUAAUGAAAACAGUUGAACCUCAACGAGACGUAGAAACUUUGAAUCCGUGCCAACCAUCACCAUGUGGUCCAAAUAGUAUUUGCAAAGCCAUAGGAACCACUCCAUCGUGUUCAUGUAUACCAGAGUUUGUGGGACAACCACCAAAUUGUCGGCCAGAAUGUGUAACGAACUCGGAAUGUCCAUCGCAUCAAGUAUGCUCUAAUCAAAAAUGCAAAGAUCCAUGUCCUGGUUUAUGUGGUCAAAGUGCGCUUUGUCGAGUUUAUAGCCACACGCCAAUGUGUUACUGCGAGAAUGGCUACACCGGUGAUCCGUUUGUUGCCUGUCUCCCUGUACCUCAACAGAGCCCUAUUGAAACUGUCGAUCCUUGUAACCCUUCACCUUGUGGACCUUAUGCUGAAUGUCGUCAACAAAAUGGUGUGGGAUCUUGUCAAUGCCUACCAGAAUAUUUCGGCAAUCCAUAUGAAGGUUGUCGACCGGAAUGUGUAGUCGAUUCCGAUUGUCCUUCGAAUAGAGCAUGUGUAAAUGAGAAAUGUAAAGAUCCCUGCCCUGGUACUUGCGGUCUCAAUGCUGAAUGCUUUGUUCGGAACCAUCAGGCAACUUGUAACUGUUUAUACGGUUAUCAAGGAGAUCCAUAUCGUUAUUGUGCAAAGGAGGAAAAACGUAAGAACAUCAAUCAAUAUGUGCCUAACAAAGUAUAUAAUAUUGUCAUUCCACCUUUAGAAAUUAUUCGUGAAUAUGUUAAUCCCUGCCAACCAUCUCCUUGUGGCCCCAAUUCACAAUGUAAGGAGGUCAAUGAACAAGCUGUUUGUUCUUGUUUACCUGAAUAUGUAGGAGCUCCUCCUACUUGUAGACCCGAAUGUACAUCAAGUUCAGAAUGCCCCACGGAUAUGGCAUGCAUUAAUCAAAAAUGUAAAGAUCCUUGUCCAGGUGUCUGCGGCUUGCAGACCUUGUGCAAUGUUCGUAAUCAUGUGCCUUUAUGCAGUUGUCAAAUUGGUUAUACUGGAGAUCCCUUCACACGUUGUUAUCCCAUACCUCCAAACCCACCUGUAGUGUACGCUGAACCUAUACGCGAUCCAUGUGUCCCUUCACCUUGUGGCGCUAAUGCACAAUGUCAAAACAGAAAUGGUCAGGCAUCAUGUUCAUGUCUUCCUAACUUCUUUGGAGCUCCUCCUAGCUGUCGUCCAGAAUGUUCCACAAAUUCAGAGUGUCCUCUAAAUAUGGCAUGCAUUAAUAUGCAUUGCAUAGAUCCUUGUCCUGGAUCAUGUGCAUACAAUGCCUUAUGUACUGUUCAAAAUCACAUACCUAGUUGUCAUUGUCCCGAAGGUUAUGCUGGGGAUCCAUUUACUGUCUGUCAAUUAGCACCAACACGUAAGCCAAAACCCAUUGUAAAAGAUGACCCUUGUAAUCCUUCACCGUGUGGUACAAAUGCUCUGUGCAAUAAUGGUCAGUGUUCGUGCGUACCCGAAUAUCAUGGCGAUCCUUAUGUAGCUUGUCGACCCGAAUGUGUUCUAAAUACAGAAUGCUCACAUAAUAAGGCAUGUAUUCGUAAUAAAUGCGUGGACCCUUGUCCAGGCACUUGUGGAAAUAAUGCUUUAUGUGAUGUUUACAAUCACGUACCAAUGUGUCGCUGUCCUGAAGGAAUGACUGGAAAUGCCUUUGUUCAAUGUGAUGUUGAACCAAUGCCAAUCGAAACAAAUCCAUGCCAGCCUUCGCCUUGCGGACCGAAUAGUCGUUGUAGAGUUCAUCAAAAUACAGCAGUAUGUUCCUGUAUUGAAAGUUAUAUUGGAAACCCACCAUCUUGUAGACCGGAAUGUACUAUCAAUUCGGACUGUGCACCACAAAUGUCUUGUCAAAAUCUCAAAUGUGUGGAUCCCUGUCCGGGAUCAUGCGGUUUGAAUGCAAUGUGUCAUGUAGUUAACCAUGCUCCAAUUUGUACUUGUCCAAUACGCUUUUCUGGAAAUCCUUUCGUAAGCUGCCAACCUACAGUAGAACCACCUAGGAAAUUGGAAGAUAAACCAGAUGCAUGUCAGCCGUCUCCAUGUGGUCCUAAUUCCCAAUGCCGUGUUGUCGGAGACUCUCCUUCGUGCUCUUGCUUAGCUGAUUUUACAGGAUCUCCACCUAACUGCCGCCCAGAGUGUGUAGCUAACUCAGAAUGUCCAUCAAACAAAGCAUGCAUUAAUCAAAAAUGUAAAGAUCCCUGUCCUGGAGUAUGUGGUCAGAAUGCUUUAUGUAAUGUUUUCUCACACACGGCCAUGUGUACUUGCUCAUCUGGCUAUACGGGGGAUCCAUUCACAGGAUGCACCAUACCACCGGUGAGACUUACAGAUCAUGUCACUCCUUGUCAACCGAAUCCUUGUGGUUCCAAUGCUGUCUGUCGACAAGAAAACAAUGCCGGAUCGUGUCAAUGUCUAUCGGAAUAUUUUGGAAAUCCCUAUGAGGGCUGCAGACCAGAAUGUGUGUCAAAUUCAGACUGCUCUUCGAAUAAAGCCUGCGUUAAUCAAAAAUGUCGCGAUCCAUGCCCAGGUGUAUGUGGCUUAAAUGCUAUCUGUAGUGUAGUGAAUCAUUUACCAACUUGUCAGUGUAUGCCAGAAUAUAUAGGAGAUCCUUAUCAGUAUUGCCAAAUACCAGAAAAACCAAUUAUUAAAGAAUAUGUGAAUCCUUGCCAACCUUCGCCUUGUGGACCCAACUCUCAAUGUCGUGAAGCUAAUGGUCAAGCAGUUUGCUCUUGUUUGCCCGAUUACAUGGGAGUACCUCCCACUUGCCGUCCAGAAUGCACUACAAAUUCGGAAUGCUCAUUCGACAAAGCCUGUGUAAAUCGUAAAUGUGUAGACCCUUGUCCCGGAUCAUGUGGUAGUAAUGCUGACUGUCGUGUAGUUAGCCAUUCACCUAUAUGUACAUGUAGGAAUGGCUUUACUGGCAAUGCAUUUACGCGCUGUUAUCCCAUUCCACCUACACCUUCACCAAUACCACAAAAGGAUGUUUCACCUAAUCCUUGUUUGCCGUCUCCAUGUGGACAAUUUGCCGAGUGUCGUGACGUAGGAGGUUCAUCUUCUUGUUCCUGUUUACCAACAUACAGAGGAUCACCACCUAAUUGUAGACCUGAAUGUACUAUAAAUUCGGAUUGUCCCAGUUCAUUGGCCUGUAUAAAUCAGAAAUGCCAAGACCCCUGUCCCGGAGCUUGUGGCUUUAGUGCCGAAUGCCAUGUCGUUAAUCACACUCCCAUAUGCCAAUGCAUUCAAGGUUUGAUAGGAGAUCCAUUUGUUAGUUGUCGUCAACCACCAGUAGAACCAAUAAAAACACCUCCUUCCAAUGAAGAUCCAUGCAAUCCGUCACCUUGUGGAGUUAAUGCGAUAUGUCGCAACGGUGAUUGUUCAUGUUUACCGGAAUACCAAGGAAAUCCCUUGAUUGGUUGCAGACCUGAAUGUGUUCUUAGUUCCGAUUGUCCUACGAAUAGGGCUUGUAUUAAUCAGAAAUGUCAAGAUCCUUGCCCUGGUACGUGUGCUUCCAACGCCAUUUGUGAAGUUCAUCAACAUGUGCCCAUGUGUCAUUGUCCCGAGGGUAUGAUUGGCAAUGCAUUUACCCAAUGUGAGCCCAUACCACCUGUUAGAUUAAGCCAACCUUGCCAACCAUCACCGUGCGGUCAAAACGCUCAAUGUCGUGUUUUAAAUGACCAGGCUGUCUGCUCUUGUUUGCCAAAUUAUAUAGGAGCACCACCUACAUGUAGACCGGAAUGUACAAACAACAAUGAAUGUGCCUUGAAUAAGGCUUGCUUGCAACAGAAAUGUAAAGAUCCUUGCCCUGGGGCAUGCGGAUCUAAUACCGAAUGUUCGGUACACAAUCACAGUCCCAUUUGUCGUUGUAUAAGUGGAUUCAAUGGUAAUCCAUUUAUCGGCUGUCAACCAAUAAGAAUUGUUCCCCAACUUGAUACUCCCAAAUACAAAGAUCCUUGCCGACCAUCCCCUUGUGGUCCCAACUCAGAAUGUCGAGCAAUUGGCGAAAGUCCUUCAUGCUCGUGCUUGAAAGACUUUAUAGGUUCCCCACCAAAUUGCAGACCGGAAUGUGUAACGAACUCGGAGUGUCCCUCAGCAGAGGCUUGUAUUAAUCAACAUUGUCGUGAUCCUUGUCCCGGAGUAUGUGGCUCUAAUGCCGAAUGCCGUGUCAUUAAUCAUACGCCUAUGUGUUAUUGCCCUAGCGGUUACUCAGGAGAUCCCUUCUCAGUAUGUUUAAUGGUUAAAGAUACUCCUAUAGAAUCAGUACGACCAUGCCAACCCAAUCCUUGUGGUCCAAAUGCUGAGUGUUUAGAACGUAAUGGAGUAGGAGCCUGUCAGUGCUUGCCACAAUUCUUAGGAAAUCCUUACGAAGGCUGCCGACCAGAAUGUGUCAUCAACUCAGAUUGUCCAACGCAUUUGGCUUGUAUGCAAAACAAGUGCAAAGAUCCUUGUCCUGGAACAUGUGGCCGUAACGCCGAAUGCCAUGUACGCAAUCACUUACCCACUUGUACUUGUAUUACCGGUUAUACUGGAGAUCCAUAUUCGUACUGUAAUCUUCAGCCAGAACCGGUAUUUGAUGUUGGCAAUCCUUGUCAACCCUCACCUUGUGGUCCCAACUCAAAAUGUCGCGAAGUAAAAAAUCAAGCUGUAUGCUCAUGUUUGCCUGAAUUUAUUGGACAACCGCCAGCUUGUCGCCCAGAAUGCACCAUAUCUAGUGAAUGUUCAUUUGAUAAGGCUUGCAGUAAUCAGAAAUGUGUUGACCCUUGUCCAGGAACCUGCGGUAUAAAUGCAGAAUGUCGCGUUUUAAAUCACAGUCCCUUAUGUUCUUGUCGCACUGGAUUUACUGGAGAUGCUUUCAUAAGAUGUCUUCCAAUACCUCCAGAACUAAAGGACGCAUAUAGAGAUCCUUGUGUACCAUCGCCAUGUGGUAUUAAUGGCCACUGCAGAGUUGUAAAUCAACAAGCCUCCUGUUCUUGUGUAACUGGUUAUAUAGGCUCCCCACCGAAUUGUCGACCGGAAUGUACUAUCAAUGCCGAUUGUCCUUCGAACUUGGCUUGUAUUAAUGAAAAAUGUCGUGACCCUUGCCCCGGUUCGUGUGGUAUUUCAGCCCUAUGCUCGGUGGUAACACACACUCCCAUAUGUUCUUGCCCUGCAGACUUUAUGGGAGACCCCUUCACCGCGUGUCUACCAAAGCCAGCCUCUCAAGAUCCAAUUGUACCAAAAGACCCUUGUCACCCUUCGCCCUGUGGUUCAAAUGCUGUUUGUAAUAACGGCCAGUGUACAUGUCUGCCGGAAUAUCAGGGAAAUCCAUAUGUUGGAUGUAGGCCGGAAUGUGUUUUAAAUACCGAUUGUCAACGUGAUAAGGCAUGCAUACGCAAUAAAUGUAAAGAUCCUUGCCCUGGAACUUGUGGUAUUGGAGCUUUGUGCGAAACUUACAAUCAUGUGCCAAUGUGUCGUUGUACUCCAGACAUGACUGGUAAUGCGUUUGUGCAAUGUGUAGCCAUAGAAACUCCGGUUCUCAAAACACCUAAGCAUCCAUGUCAGCCAACUCCAUGUGGUCCAAAUUCGCAAUGCCGGGAACAAAACGAACAAGCUGUCUGCUCCUGUUUGCCAAAUUAUCUAGGUUCUCCCCCUGAUUGCCGUCCUGAGUGUUCCAUAAACUCCGAUUGUCCACCUCAUUUGGCAUGUGUUAAUCAAAAAUGCCGAGAUCCUUGCCCUGGUUCUUGUGGACUAAGAGCUGAAUGCAAUGUCGUUAACCAUACGCCUUAUUGCAAAUGUCCACCGGGUUAUACUGGAAAUGCAUUCGUUAUGUGUCAAAUUCUACCUCAACCACCAGUCAAGAUACAACAAGAGCCCAUCAAUCCUUGCAUACCAUCACCAUGUGGACCCAACUCAGAGUGCAAGGUUGAUCGAGGUUCUGCUUCAUGUUCCUGUCUACCGAUUUACAUAGGAUCGCCACCUAACUGCCGACCGGAGUGUAUAAGUUCAUCGGAAUGUGUAAGCAAUUUAGCUUGCAUUAAUAUGAAAUGUCAAGAUCCAUGUCCUGGAGUCUGUGGCAAAUCAGCUGUCUGUCAUGUUGUUAGUCAUACUCCCUCAUGCACUUGCGUUAGCGGUUAUAUAGGUGAUCCAUUCACAUUAUGUUAUCCACCACCACAAAUUGAAAGGGAGCAAAUUAAUCCUUGCUCACCAAGUCCUUGUGGAGGCAAUGCCAAGUGCCGCGAACUUAAUGGAGCUGGUUCAUGUCAAUGUCUGCCAGAUUAUUAUGGAAAUCCUUAUGAAGUUUGUCGCCCCGAAUGUGUAGUGAAUACAGAUUGUCCCGCUAACAAAGCUUGUCAAAAUCAGAAAUGCCGUGAUCCAUGUCCCGGAGUUUGUGGUCAAAAUGCCAUGUGUAAUGUCAUCAAUCAUUUGCCAGCCUGUUCAUGCUUUGAUGGCUAUACUGGAGAUCCAUAUAGUUAUUGCAAUGUUAUUAGAGAACCUAUACGUGAAUAUGUCAAUCCUUGUCAACCCUCACCAUGUGGUCCCAAUUCACAAUGUCGCGAAGUGAAUGAGCAAGCAAUAUGCUCCUGCUUACCUGAGUAUAUUGGCUCUUCACCGAAUUGUAGACCAGAGUGCACAGUAAAUUCAGAGUGUCCUGCGAUAAAGGCUUGUGUCAAUAAAAAAUGUCAGGAUCCUUGUGUCAACGUAUGUGGCUUAAAUGCGGAAUGCCGUGUUAUGAACCACUCCCCCAUUUGUAGAUGUAGUCCCGGUUAUACCGGAGAUGCAUUUUCUAGGUGUUCGGCCAUACCUGCGUUACCACCACCACUUAGGGAACCCUACAGGGAUCCGUGUGUACCAUCACCUUGUGGACAAUAUGCUCAAUGUAGAGUGGUUAAUGACAAUCAACCUACUUGUAGCUGUCAGUCCACAUACAUUGGUUCUCCGCCCAACUGUCGUCCAGAAUGUAUUAUUAAUUCUGAUUGUCCUAGUCACCAAGCAUGUAUAAAUGAGCGUUGUAAAGAUCCCUGUCCCGGUUCAUGUGGUCUUAAUGCUUUGUGUUCUGUACUUAAUCAUAUACCGUCCUGUAAUUGUCCGGAAGGUUAUUCGGGCGAUCCUUUCUCACGCUGUGUACCCAAGACCUCAGCUUUACCACCUCCUUCGCCAACAGCCGAUGAUCCCUGUCAGCCUUCACCUUGUGGCCCCAACAGCGAAUGCCAGAAUGGCAUAUGCUCUUGUCUGCUAGAUUACCAAGGUGAUCCAUACCGCGGUUGUAGACCAGAAUGUAUUUUGAACUCGGAGUGUUCUCGUGAUAAGGCUUGUAUAAAUCAAAAAUGUCGCGACCCAUGUCCAGGAACCUGCGCCCCUAAUGCUAUUUGUGAAGUCCAUAAUCAUGUGCCUAUGUGCCAUUGUAAUGAUGUCAUGGAAGGCGAUGCUUUCAUAAUGUGUAGACCCAAACAAAAACAUCCACCUCAGAAUCCUUGUAUUAAAUCUCCUUGUGGUCCUAACUCCCAAUGCCGCGAAGCAAAUGGAGUAGCUUCGUGUUCAUGUCUACCAGACAUGUUAGGCUCACCUCCCUCUUGUCGACCCGAAUGUAUUACAAACUCCGAGUGUCCCUCCAAUAGAGCCUGCUCAAAUAGGAAAUGUCAGGAUCCUUGUCCUGGAAGUUGCGGAUAUCAGGCUUUAUGUCACGUUGUCAGCCAUAAUCCUUUAUGUUCUUGCCCAUCCGGCUAUACUGGCAGUCCGUUUGUCGCGUGCCAACCUAUAUUAAGUAUGAUUUGUUUUAUUCAACCCCAACUCGACAUCGUACCACAAAACCCUUGCAUCCCUUCACCAUGCGGACCUUAUUCUCAAUGCGAAAAUGUUCAAGGAGUAGCUUCUUGUAAAUGCUUGCCUAAUUACAUAGGAAGUGCUCCUUAUUGUCGCCCAGAAUGUGUGUCUAAUUCGGAAUGUCAUUCAAAUAUGGCCUGUAUUAAUGAGAAAUGUCGAGAUCCAUGUCCCGGAUUGUGUGGCAAUAAUGCUGAGUGCAGAACUGUAAAUCACAUUGCUAUGUGUGUAUGUGUUCACGGUUAUAUAGGUGACCCUUUCACAAACUGCCAUGUGGAUGUACCGCAAAAGCCUUAUGUUCCACCUCGACCACCUUCAAUUCCUCAACAACAUAUACCAUUCCGUGAACAUAUUACACCAUGUGAACCUAAUCCUUGUGGAUCUAAUGCAGAGUGUCGCACACAUAACAAUGCUGGAUCUUGUGUCUGUUUACCCAACUACUUUGGUAAUCCCUAUGAAGGUUGCAGACCUGAAUGCGUUUUAAAUUCCGAUUGUCCUUCUACAAAAGCUUGUAUUCGGACAAAAUGUCAAGAUCCCUGUCCGGGUACUUGUGGCCAAAAUGCUUUGUGUCAUGUUACUAAUCAUUUACCUACAUGUACCUGUUAUACAGGUUACUCUGGUGAUCCUUAUAGUAUUUGUCGUCUCGAAAAGCAGAAAGAACCUGUAAUUUAUGUAAAUCCUUGUCAGCCUACACCGUGCGGUCCCAAUUCUCAGUGUCGCGAAAUAAACCAACAGGCAGUGUGUUCUUGCUUGUCGGAAUAUGUAGGUUCACCGCCCGCAUGUAGACCAGAGUGUACAACCAAUAGCGAAUGUUCUUUGGACAGGGCCUGUAUCAAUAGAAAAUGCGCUGAUCCUUGUCCGGGUACAUGUGGUAUCAAUGCUGAGUGUCGCGUUAUAAAUCAUAAUCCCAUGUGUUCUUGUUUGCCAUCAUUUUCGGGCGAUGCUUUCACUAAAUGUUAUAGCCAACCACCUCCACCACCAGCUCCAACUUCUCCGCCGACGUCAGUAGUUGUCGCUCAAGCAGAACCUAUUAAUCCCUGUUAUCCCUCACCUUGUGGUCAAUACGCUCAGUGCCAUAAUCGCAAUGGCGCUGCUGUUUGUGCCUGUCUACCAAACUUUAUAGGUUCACCUCCGAAUUGUAGACCUGAAUGUGUGAUUAACUCUGAUUGCCCAGCGCAUUUAGCAUGUAUCAACGAGAAAUGCCGUGAUCCUUGCCCUGGCUCUUGUGGCUUCAACGCCUUCUGCAAUGUAAUAAAUCAUAUACCAAACUGUGUUUGCGAAACUGGAACAAUUGGUGAUCCAUUCACUGGAUGCCAUCCACAACCCAUUAUUAAAACUUCACCUCCAAUAAUAAACAAUGAAGAUCCUUGCGUUCCUUCACCCUGCGGAGCAAAUGCCAAAUGCGAAAGAGGUACUUGCUCUUGUCUUUCGGAAUAUCAUGGCGAUCCAUAUGUGGGAUGCAGACCAGAAUGCGUUCUGAACAGCGACUGCUCUAGAGAUCGCGCAUGUAUUAAUCAAAAAUGUCAUGAUCCUUGCCCAGGAACAUGUGGCCAAAAUGCUGAAUGCAAUGUUAUUAAUCAUACACCAAUGUGUUCAUGUCCUGUCAAAAUGACUGGAAAUGCAUUUAUACGAUGUGAGCCAAUAAGAGAAGAACCCACUCGAAUUGAUGCGCCUCAACCUCCGUUACAAAACCCUUGCCAACCAUCGCCAUGUGGGCCCAACGCACAAUGUAGAAAAAUUAAUCAGCAAGCUGUAUGCAGUUGUAUAACAGGAUUUUUAGGUUCUCCACCCUCAUGCCGUCCCGAAUGUACCACUAAUUCCGAUUGUUCGGCCGAUAGAUAUUGUUUGAAUCAACAGUGUAAGGAUGUAUGUGCCGGUGCUUGUGGUGUAACUGCAGUAUGUCAUCCGUACAAUCAUGCUCCCAUGUGCUCAUGUCCACCCCGAUAUACGGGAAAUCCUUUUGUUAGAUGUUCUCCAAUAGCUUCUCCUCCACCUAAAGCUGAUAUACCUACAAAUCCCUGUCAGCCUUCUCCGUGUGGUCCAUACUCUCAGUGCUCUGUAGAUCCGUCAGAUAACACGGCCAAAUGUUCUUGCUUAGAAGAAUUUGUUGGUCAGCCACCACGUUGUCGACCUGAGUGUAUAACUAGUGCCGAAUGUCCUUCGGACAAAGCCUGCGUUAAUCGUAAAUGUAGUGAUCCUUGUCCGGGUUCAUGUGGUGAUCAGGCAGAAUGUCGUGUUAUAGCCCAUAGUGCAAUGUGUUAUUGUCCUAGCGGUUUUACUGGCGAUCCUUUCUCCCAAUGCGUCCGUCAAAAAGAACCACCAACAGAAGUCGUCGUACCGUGCAGCCCCAGCCCAUGUGGCCCAAAUGCUUUGUGUCGCGUUCAUAAUGACUUGAGUAUUUGCCAAUGUUUACCGGACUAUUAUGGCAAUCCUUAUGAGGCUUGCCGUCCUGAAUGUUUACGCAAUUCAGACUGUGCUGCCAAUAAGGCUUGUCAAAAUCAAAAAUGUCGUGAUCCCUGUCCGGGAACAUGUGGUCAUAAUGCUCAGUGUCAAGUCGUUAAUCAUAUACCCAAUUGUGCCUGCUUGGCAGGUUAUCAGGGUGAUCCUUAUAGGCAAUGUAUUAAGCAGUUGGAUGAACCCAAACCUCCCGUAUAUGUUAACCCAUGCCAACCCUCGCCUUGUGGAGCUAAUGCUCAAUGUCGCGAAGUCAAUGGACAAGCUGUAUGCUCUUGCUUACCCGAAUUUGUUGGCUCUCCUCCAGCUUGUCGACCUGAAUGUGUCGUUAGUUCGGAAUGCCCCUCCGAUAAGGCUUGCAUUAACCAGAAAUGUCAAGAUCCUUGUCCGGGAUCUUGUGGUGUGAAUGCUGAAUGUCAUGUACGUAGCCACAGUCCUCUGUGCUCUUGUAAACCUGGCUAUACUGGAGAAGCUUUCACAAGAUGUCAACUUAUUCCGGAACGUAAACAGGACCAACCACCUGUCGUGCCCGUUAAUCCAUGUAUGCCUUCACCUUGUGGACCAUACUCGCAGUGCAGAGAAGUCAAUGGAGCGGCAUCGUGUAGCUGUUUGCCGAACUACAUUGGAACAGCCCCCAGCUGCCGACCAGAAUGUACCAUCAAUGCCGAAUGUGCCAGUAAUAUGGCUUGUAUUAACGAAAAAUGCCGCGAUCCUUGUCCAGGAUCGUGUGGUUUUGCAGCUUUGUGUAAUGUUAUAAAUCACACACCAAGCUGCUCAUGCCCAGUAGGCUACACUGGUGAUCCAUUUACCAGUUGUAGAGUUUUGCCUCCCCCACCACCAUCAAAACCAAAAGACCCUGUCGACCCAUGUAAUCCUUCACCGUGCGGUUCAAAUUCAGUGUGCCACAAUGGCCAGUGUUCGUGUAUGCCGGAAUACCAUGGUGAUCCUUAUGUAGGCUGUCGUCCGGAAUGUGUACUCAAUUCGGAUUGUGCUCGCAAUCGCGCUUGUGUGCGUAAUAAAUGUAUUGAUCCCUGUCCCGGAACAUGCGGUCGCAAUGCUUUGUGUGAGGUAAAUAAUCAUAUAGCAAUGUGUCGCUGUCCGGAACGUAUGACAGGCAAUGCAUUUGUUUCGUGCGAGCCAAUACGCGAUGAAAUACCCAAGAAUCCUUGUCAGCCCUCACCUUGUGGUCCCAACUCACAAUGCAUAGAACGUAAUGGAAAUGCAAUUUGUUCUUGUAUCACCGGUUACUUGGGUAAUCCACCAAAUUGUCGUUUGGAAUGUUACUCCAGUUCGGACUGUUCACCGAUGCAUGCCUGCAUCAAUAACAAAUGCGUAGAUCCUUGUCCCGGUAAAUGUGGCUUGAAUGCCGAAUGUCAAGCAGUACAGCACAGGGCCCAUUGCGAAUGUUUAAGAGGUUUCGAAGGCAAUCCUUAUUCAGCCUGCUCGAGAAUAGAAAUUCGUCACGAACCUCCUGCCAAACAUAAGGAUCCUUGUUAUCCUUCACCGUGCGGCCCCAAUUCUCAGUGUUCGAAUGUCAAUGACCAGGCAAGAUGUACUUGUUUAGCAGAAUUUAUAGGUACACCACCCAACUGUCGUCCUGAGUGUACCAGUAAUGAUGAUUGUAGUAAUACUUUGGCAUGUAUAAAUCAGAAAUGUCGUGACCCAUGUCCUGGCUCAUGCGGCUUUAAUGCCAAUUGCAUUGUAACGCUACACAUACCUAACUGUCACUGUCCUAAUGGCAUGACUGGUGAUCCCUUCCGCAUGUGUUACGAACGUAAAGAAAUUUUACCUCCCAAGCAUGAAGAACCUAAGAAUCCUUGCCGUCCUUCACCUUGUGGCAGCAAUGCAGAAUGCCGCAUACGAGGAUCUGGCUUUACGUGUGAAUGCGUCAAUGACUAUAUUGGAAAUCCUUACGAAGGCUGUCGUCCCGAAUGUGUAGGCAACUCUGAAUGUCCUGCCAAUCGUGCUUGUAUACGUCAAAAGUGUGCCGAUCCCUGCCCAGGCACAUGCGGCACAGAAGCUGUUUGUUCGAUUAACAAUCAUAUACCAAUUUGCUCAUGCCCGGCUGGCUAUACUGGCAAUGCCUUUGUACAAUGUUCACAUAUUAUAGUCGAGAAUAUUCCAGUGGAAAAAACGGAUCCUUGCUAUCCGACACCAUGUGGCCAAAAUACCAUUUGCAAAGUACAACGAGGUCAAGCUGUAUGCGAAUGCCUGCCUGGUUUCUUCGGAAACCCGUAUGGCCAAGAAUGCAGACCAGAAUGUACACUCAGCUCGGAUUGUGCCAAGAAUAAGGCUUGUGUCAAUAAUAAAUGUGUAGAUCCUUGCCCUGGAGUCUGCGGCUAUGGAGCCGUUUGUCAAACUGUAAAUCACAAUCCAAUUUGUAGCUGUUCCUCAUCGAUGGUGGGUAAUCCAUUCGUCGAAUGCCAUGAAGCACCCAAGCAAUUGGAUCCUCUCGAUCCCUGUAAUCCUUCACCUUGCCGUUCUAAUGGCAUUUGCCGUGUCAUUAACGGUAUUUCCUCAUGUUCGUAUCCGGAAUGUGUCGUCAAUGAAGACUGCUCGAGAGAUAGAUCAUGUGUUAACCAAAAAUGCCGUGAUCCAUGCACUAAUGCCUGUGGCCUUAAUGCCAUUUGCAAUGCCAUUAAUCAUAAGGCUGUCUGUACCUGUCCACCUGGUUACUAUGGUUCUGCCUACAGUCAGUGCUUGCAGCAAAUGGAUGUGGUGCCAGCACCUAGACCCGAAUGUACAACUGACAGCGAUUGCAGCAACGACAAGGCUUGUGUAAAUCAACAAUGUAAGAAUCCUUGUGAACUGGAUAACAUCUGUGGUCAAAACGCCCGCUGCCAUGUUCAGCUGCAUAGACCAUUAUGUGUGUGCAAUGAAGGUUUUACUGGAAAUGCUCUAAACAACUGCUAUUUGAUUGGUUGUCGCUCUGAUGAUGAGUGUCCUGCUACGGAGGCCUGCAUCAACAAACAAUGUACUGAUCCCUGCUUAUACACUCAAUGUGGCGCUCAAGCUGUCUGCCGUUCCGAUUACAAUCAUAAAGCAAGAUGCCACUGUCCCGAUGGCUAUCGUGGAAAUCCUCUUGUACGCUGUGAACGUCCCGAGUGUACUCGAGAUGAUGAGUGUGCCUUUAAUUUGGCCUGUCGCAACGAACACUGCGAAGAUCCUUGCAAUUGCGGCGUUGGAGCUCAAUGUCGAGUCAAUAACCAUCAAGCUCAGUGCAGAUGUCCCCCUGGUUAUGUAGGUAAUCCAGCAGUGCGCUGUGAAAUCGAAGAAACCAAGGUCGCUCCUCAAUGUACUAUGGACUCGGAUUGCAGUAGUAAACUGGCCUGCUUUAGCGGUGAAUGCAAAAACCCUUGCUUAGUCACUAAACCAUGUGGAUCGAAUGCCAUAUGCUCUGUAGUGGAUACCUUACCUCUAAGGACAAUGAUUUGUGAAUGUGAACCCGGUUUUGUGGGUGAUGCUGAUGUUGGCUGUCGCAAAGAACCUGUUCGCGAUCAAGGCUGCCAAUCCAAUGAAGAAUGUCCUUCCACAGAGGCUUGCCGCAAUGGUAACUGUGUCAAUCCUUGCAUUGACGCUUCACCUUGUGCUCGCACAGCUGAAUGUUUGGCUCAGCAGCACAGAGCUGUUUGCACCUGUCCUCAGGGUACACAAGGAGAUCCCUUCACCAACUGUUAUCAACCUCCUGAAAUUUUGGCAGGCUGUGCCCAUGACUCGGAAUGUUCACCAACUACAGCAUGUAUUAACAAACGUUGCCAGGAUCCAUGCGCCGAAGGUAAUCCAUGCGCUGGAAAUGCUGAAUGCAGAGUUUCUAAUAACCGUCCCAUAUGCUCUUGCCCAUCUGGUUGGGGUGGUGAUCCACAAGUUCAAUGUUUCAAACCCGAAUGUAAGAUUAAUGCUGAUUGUCCAUAUGACAAGGCUUGUAUAAAUGAGAACUGUGUUAAUCCUUGCACCUAUGGCAACGUUCGCUGUGGCUUAAAUGCUAAGUGUGAUCCUCAAAAUCAUCAAGCUGUAUGUGUCUGUCCAGCUGGUACCCAAGGUAAUCCCUUCGUAUCCUGUAUAACCGGACAUUGUCAAUACAAUGAGGAUUGUGCCGAUCAUGAGGCUUGCGAUAGAUUGAAUCGUGUUUGCCGUCCCGUAUGUGAUGAAGACACAUGUGCUGUGAACGCCAUCUGCUUGGCAAGACGUCAUCAACCACAAUGUCAAUGUCGGUCAGGUUAUACUGGAAAUCCUUACCAAGACUGUAUACUGCCAAAACAACCACCAGCUGUAACACCAAAACCGGAAUGUACUCAAGACGCAGACUGUCCAUCACAAUUGGCUUGCAUCAACCAGCGAUGUGCCAAUCCCUGUGCCACUCCACAUGUCUGUACACCGCAACAAACCUGCACAGUAUUGGACACUUUACCGCUGCGCACCAUGAUUUGUAAAUGCCCCAGUGAUACCAUAACUGAUACGUCAGGCAACUGUGUUCCCAUCAGACAUGAUAUUGUUGCUGGUUGCCAGCAUAAUCAAGAGUGUGCCAAUACUGAAGUAUGCCAGAGAGGUUCUUGCAUUGAUGCAUGUCGCUUGGAAAGAUGUGGUAUUAAUGCCCAGUGUUUGUCUAGAGACCACUACGCUCAGUGUAUCUGUCCAAAGGGUUAUGCCGGUAAUCCACGUGUCGAGUGUAGAUUUGUGGCCAUUGAGGAACCCAAAACACCUACGGCUGAAUGCAUCAAUAAUGAUGAUUGUCCAAAUGACAAGACGUGCCGUAAUGAACGUUGUGUUAACCCUUGUGCUGACGAAGCCUGCGGUCGUGGAGCUUAUUGUCACGUCCAACAAAGAGAAGCAGUUUGUCGCUGUCCACCUGGAUAUUCUGGUGACGCCAGACAAGUUUGCAUACCACCUCGUGACGUCAUAACUGUAGGAUGCAAGUCCAAUUCAGAUUGUCAACUAACGGAGUCUUGUGUUAAUGACCAAUGUAUAAAUCCUUGCAAUUGUGGCACCAAUGCCGAGUGUCAAGUACGCAAUCAUCAUCCUAUUUGCUAUUGUAAACCUGGUUUCUCCGGUAAUGCCCAAUACGGCUGUAUUCAAAUCGGAUGUCAAUCAGAUGAUGAGUGCUCCACCGACCAACAGUGUGUUAAUCGAGAAUGUGUGAAUCCAUGCUUGAUCAGUGAUCCUUGUGCUUUGAAUGCCGAAUGUUAUGGUCGUAAUCAUAGAGCUACUUGCCGUUGCCCGGUCGGUAUGCAAGGCGAUCCAUUUGUUCGUUGUAUUCGUGUUGAAUGUAAUUCCGAUUAUGAUUGUGCUUCCAACCAAGCGUGUGUGAACAACUUGUGUAUUAACCCUUGCCGCGACCAAGACAAUCCAUGUGCCCAGAAUGCUUUAUGCCAGUCUUUACAACAUCGUGCUGUUUGCAGAUGUCCCGACCACUUGCCUUUGGGUAAUCCUUAUGCUUAUUGUGAACGUCGUCAAGAGGAACCUGUUUGCCGGGAUGAUGGCGAUUGUCCUAGCGGCUUGGCCUGCAUUGAUGUUAAAUGUCAAAAUCCUUGUACAGAGCUAUCACCAUGCUCUCCUUCCGCUAAAUGCAGCGUCUUGGAUAGCGUUCCAGUGCGCACAAUGGUGUGUGAAUGCCCAGCUUCAUAUGUACCAGAUGCAAGAGGUGAAUGCAAACAAUUGGUUUUACAAAGUCCAGGAUGUGUAGCUGAUUCCGACUGCUCGGACCAAGAGGCCUGUAUCAAUAGGCAAUGUCGCAAUCCUUGCAACUGUGGAACAAAUGCUCUUUGCCAAGUAUCGAAUCAUCGUGCCAUUUGCUCUUGUCAAGAUGGCUUCGAAGGCAAUCCUUACACUUCGUGUAGAUCUAUUGGCUGUCGUGUUGACAGUGAAUGCGAUUCCGGCAAGGCUUGUGUUAACAACAACUGUAUUAAUCCUUGUUUGGUAAAUGAUCCUUGUGGUAUUAACGCUGAGUGUUAUGUACAAUCCAACCGAGCUCAGUGCAGAUGUAAGAGUGGUUAUAGAGGCAAUGCCUAUGAAAGAUGCCGUGUUAUUGGUUGUCAAUCGAAUAAUGACUGUCCUACCGAUAAAUUCUGUAUGAACGAACAAUGUGUCAACCCGUGUGUCUAUCAAAAUACUUGUUCUUCUAGAGCUGAGUGCAGACCUCAAAAUCACUUAGCUGUAUGCCGCUGUCCUGCUGGAUUCUUGGGUAAUCCUUACGUAGACUGCAGACCGGAACCCCAACCCACCUGUCGCCUAGACACCGACUGUCCUUCGCGUUUGGCCUGCAUUAAUAGUGAGUGCGUAGAUCCAUGCUUGGUGUUGGAACCUUGCAACAGACCAUCCCAGUGUGUGGUAACACCUACUUCACCAGUCCGAACAAUGAUUUGUGUGUGUCCUGACGGCUAUAUAAGUAGCGGCAGUGGUACUUGCAAACCUACGAAAUCUGUCAUCGAAGUAGGCGGAUGCGUGGCCGACUCAGAUUGUCCUGCUGACAAGUCUUGUCUAAAUGGUGUAUGCCGUGAUCCUUGCAAUUGUGGUGUAAACGCAGAGUGUCGCAUUAAAGAUCACAAACCAGUGUGCACAUGUCGUCAAGGCUACGAAGGUAACCCCGAAUUUGAAUGCUCGAAGGUGGAAUGUUCCAUUAACUCAGAUUGUCCAUCAACGCAUACUUGCCGCAACCAAUUAUGUGUACCAGCCUGUCAAGGUGAACAGUGUGGAAUAAAUGCUCAGUGCUUGGCCGUCGAUCAUCGCGCUGUUUGUGAAUGUGUACCUGGAUUCAGAGGAAACGCCCGUGUGUCUUGUACACCUUUGGGCUGUCGUGCCGACGAUGAAUGUCCCACGAGCAAGGCCUGUGUGAAUGGCAAAUGCGAAAAUCCUUGCGAUACUACUGCGGCCUGUGCCAUUGAUGAAGUUUGCAAAGUAUACCAACAUAAGCCGCAAUGCGCAUGCCCACCUGGAACUAUAGCCAGACGCAAUGGCUGUGAACCUUUACGUGAUAUACCCAUAUGUCAAUAUGAUGGCGAUUGUCCCAGCCAGACUGCGUGUAUUCGCGGGGAAUGCGUCAAUCCUUGUAAUGCAACCCAGCCUUGUGGUGUCAAUGCUGAAUGCCGUGUUUUAGAUACGGUUCCCGUAAGGACCAUGAUUUGCGAAUGCUUGGAAGGUUAUACCGGAAAUGCCGCCGUCCAAUGUGAUAAACGUUCAUUGUGUGUUAUUGAAAAGGGCUUUGUGCGUGACAUAGACGGCCAAUGCGUAUGUCCCCCGGGCACCGCUCUGGACAUCUAUGAAUACUGUACUCCCUGCUCGCCGGAACAAGGUUUUAAGAUCGAUGAGACUGGCCAUUGCGUUUGUGCUUUAGAAAGAGGUUUCGUUAUAGACGAGAGAGGACGUUGUAUUUGCCCCACCAAUCAUGGUUACCGAUUAACCACUAGCGGCGAAUGUGUACCCGACAACCCCGAAUGUAACACCAAUGAUGACUGUGCCGACAAUCGUUAUUGUCAUACGGAAACCAAAACUUGCGAAGAUCCCUGUCUGCUUAAAACUUGUGGCAUUAAUGCUUUCUGUAACGCCAUCAACCAUCGUGCUCAGUGUCAAUGCAUUACUGGAUACACUGGCAACCCAGACACGAUAUGUAAUCACACCAAUUUCCGUACAGAUUUCCCCAGACCUGAUAUGGUAGUCAGCUGUUUGGCCGAUGGCGUUCAGGUGGAAAUUCACAUAACAGAACCCGGAUUUAAUGGUGUGCUCUAUGUCAAGGGUCAUAGCAAGGAUGAGGAGUGUCGCCGUGUUGUCAAUUUGGCUGGCGAAACUGUACCACGCACUGAAAUAUUCCGCGUACACUUUGGUAGCUGUGGCAUGCAAGCCGUCAAGGAUGUUGCCAGCUUUGUGUUGGUCAUACAGAAACAUCCCAAACUGGUGACUUACAAGGCUCAAGCCUACAACAUCAAGUGCGUCUACCAAACGGGCGAAAAGAAUGUAACCUUAGGAUUUAAUGUAUCCAUGUUGACGACAGCCGGAACUAUAGCCAAUACCGGUCCGCCACCCAUCUGUCAAAUGAGAAUCAUAACACACGAGGGCGAGGAAAUAAACUCGGCUGAAAUCGGUGACAAUCUUAAAUUGCAAGUUGAUGUUGAACCAGCCACUAUUUAUGGAGGCUUUGCACGCUCUUGCAUUGCCAAGACCAUGGAGGAUAAUAUCGAAAAUGAAUAUAUUGUCACAGAUGAAAACGGUUGUGCCACUGAUCCUUCCAUUUUCGGUGAAUGGGAAUAUAAUCCAGAUACCAACAGCUUAUUGGCCAAUUUCAAUGCCUUCAAAUUCCCCUCAUCCGACAAUAUACGCUUCCAGUGCAACAUAAGAGUAUGCUUCGGCAAAUGCCAACCUGUCAAUUGUCGCGGCUACAAUGCUUUUGGUCGUCGUAGACGUCGUGCCAUUGCUGACAAUUCCACCGAUGAUGCCACCGCUAUUGCUACAAAUACUGGUAUGGAAGGACAGUUGAGAGAAGAAAUAACCAUAUCCUCCAAUGCUAUAUUGACAUUUGAAAAGAGAACAACAACGGGAGCUAAUGAUGCCAAUAUUAAACCUGCCGCUCAAAGAGUGGAAGAUAUUUGUGUGUCUAUGGUGGGUCUAAUCAUAGCUUUGGUCAUAACUGCCCUGCUGGCUUUGGUAGCCGUAGCUGUGGCAGUUUCCUGCUGGCUAAUGGCCUAUCGCAGAAGACCCAAGACCUUGGCGCCAUUGCCCCAUCCACCAGAGUUCCCCAAUCCGUUGUUUACCAACCCCGAAGCAGUGCCAGAACCCACACCAGACUAUUUAUCGUAAGAUAUAAAACCUAAAUGUGAACAUUUUAAAAUUAUAUAAAUAUAAAAGAAAAAAAACCUAGAAAUUUAAGAAUAUUAUGAAAACAUUUUGUAAAAAAUACCAAGUGCAAAAAGGUUUUAAACAAAUUAAAUUGAUUUAAACGAGAAAAGAAACCUUUAAGGUUUUCAAGAACAUGGAUAAAGAAAAACAAAAGUAUUUUAAAAUCAAAAAAAGUAAAUGAAACUAAAAUAUUUAAUUUUUUGUAUAAAAUUUUGGAAAUUUAAACAAUUUUAUUUAAUAAUUUAAGGAAAUAUUUUUUUUUUUUUUUAGUAUACAUAUAUAGAUUUUUUAAAUAUUAAAACAAACAGAAAAAAAAACUAACAUGAGAAUUUCAAAUAGUUUUUGGGCAAAAUGCAAAAGUAACAGCGCUUCUUAAUUGUAUAGUAUUUUUAAAACAAAACAAUUUUAAAUAUAUGUAUAAUAAAAGUAGUUUAAUUUUCAUGUGAAAAAAACUAAUUUAAAAAACGAAACAAAACUGCCAAAGUUAAAUAACCAACACUGCUUAUAAGUUACAAAUAUAUAGAGAGAAAAUGGGCACAAAGUUUAAGAAACGCUGAUUACUUGAAUAAACUCAAUACACUCUCACACAUACACAUACACACACACAUGCAUUUUAAAAAAACUAUUCUGAAAUUCUCGUACUAACGACAACUUCUUCAUUAGUCAAGAUUUUCUCUAGUAUUUUUUUUAUUAUUUUGUUCUCCUAUUAUUGCAUUAUUAAAUAAUUAGAACUAAUGUCUCAAAGAAAUUUGGGCAAUUUUGAUUACUUUUGUAUAUAGCACAGAAUUUAGACAACAACAACACACAAACACACUUACUUUUACAGCUGCAAAAUCAGCCGAAAACAAACUUUUAAAACUGCCACUUAAACAAUGCAUAUAUUUGGAAAAUACUCCUCCCUGUCUCCCUUUUAAUCCAAGAAAAAAAAGUCAUUCAAACCAGAGAUAUAUUAAAAUGGGAAUAUUAAGAGAUUUUGCAGAAAAGAAUUUUUUCGUAUGUUUUUCUAAAUUCUUUUUAAAGAGAAUUUUUUAAAAAACUCCAAUUUUGUGAAUUUGUUUAGGCCCAACCAUCUACCAAAACGAAAUUUAAACAAAAAAAAAAUGUACUUCACACUUUAAACACACCAAGUCACACACACACACACUGCUUUAAUCUCGGAAAAACGUUUCCUAAGACAAAAUCUCCUCUCCCUAAUGGAUCUGGUUAAAUAAAAAUGCAAAUUAACUUUUUUAUAUUUUUUUUAUUUAUAAUAAUUUUUAAGGUUAUGUAAAUUAUUUUUUUUAUAUAUUUUAUAUAAAUGACUAAUGGAGGAUUUGAUAUAUUAAUAUAUAUUUUUUUUAAUUAACUUAAUAAAUAAUUGUUUUACCUAAUGAUGUCCCUGAAACAAAGGAACAAAUAUAUAUAUGCUUAACAAAAUGUUUUAACAUUUUGAACCCUGAGAGCAACGAUUUUAAAUUUUAGGCAAAUUUCUUGCUAAUAUCGAAUAAUGCUCUCUCUAGAUUUCAGAUUUGUAACAGAAUUAAUAUGAAGUUGUUUCAAAUCUUAAAAACUGUUUAAACAUUUUCAAAUAUAUAACAGAUUAAAAUCAAUAUUUUGAAAAUGAAAUACUUCCAUAAUAAAACCGUUCAAAAUGUUUUAGCUAAAAAAAUGUGAUUAAAAAGCAUAAAAAAUAUACAAAAAUUGGCUUCCACACUUUUUUUGAAAUUUACAAAAAUUUAUAAAAAUUUUAUUAGAAAAUACUACCUUUCAAACAAAUAAUUUUUCUUAAAGCAGCGAAACUUUUUAAAAAGUUAAAAUUAUUGAGUUUUAUAGGUUUUUUUCUACUAAAUUGAAUUAAUUUUUUGUUUUAUUCAAAAAAAAAAAAAACGAAAAAUAAAAACCCAAAAAAUCUAAAAUUAAAAAAAAAAAAAAAAAAAAAAAAACACAAUGUAUAGUCACUAUUUUAAGUCAAUUUCCUAAUAUAUUUUUUAAACAAAAAAAAAUUAAAACAAAAAAACAAUAUUUAACUAUAGAACCACGAACGACUAAAGCGUUAUUUCUAAAUAAACUUUUUAUUUCAAUUUAUUAUUUUUUAUUUUAAAUCUAACUCAACUAUAGUUGUAAAUACUAGUUUUCUGGUUUUAUUUAGAAAAACGUUUUAGAAAAAAACAAAGAAAUUUGCAAAUUUUUUCUUUAAUACAUAAGUUUAAUUUAUCUCUCUAUCUUAUUUUGUAUAUUAAACCAUUCAUUCCUAUUUUGUUUUUAACAAUUAAAGUUUUUACUUUCUAAUUUACUAAUUAUGUAUACUCCCCCCUUCCCCCGCCCUAGUUUCGUAUGCCAGGUUAAAUAAAAAAAAAAAACAUCGACAGCAAAAAAUAUUUUCUUAAAAACGUCUUAACUUAAACAAUAAUUAAUUUCAAUAAUUUUACACAAUAGUUUUUUCAUCUGCUUUUUUUUUGCAAACUUUUCUUUUUCUUUUUUUUAUUUUAGUUUUUAAUUCAAAGAUUUUUAUAUACAUAUUACUUUUUUUAAUUAAUUAUACUUUUUGCACUGGCAUUUUAUUAUUUUCUUUUUAAAUUAAACACAACAAAAUGAAAACUCUGUAUAUUAAAUAGUUAAAUUUAAUUUAAAAAAGAAAACAUUGUAUAAAUACGAAAUUAUAUUAAUAAAUGCAUAAAUAAAUUAAAACUAAUAUUAAAUAAAAAAACAAUAAAUAAAAUAAAAAUUAUAAAAAAAAAA